AAAAUGUAUGAACAGGCUACUUUUUGUCUGUCAAAACAUCUGGACUUACGACUGUUUCUAAUUAUUUUACUGGCUAGACUGUAAAGUUUAGGAUUUGGCACUAGGGUCCCUCCUAGAGUGCUGCCCAAAUCCUUGCAAGCAGCUAAUCAAAGACACUUUGCAGGGGGGUCGUUUUUGAGCCGGUUUUGGCCAGCUUUGGAUUUUAAAGCUCCAGUGUGAGCUGCACCUCAGAUAUACUGAGCUGUAUUGCAAGAGCUGCUUGUAGACUGGGACCUAUUCUCCUGUGCUGUAUGUAAACAUGAAUGUUGGAACCUUGGUGAACUUUGUGUGGGCUUCCUCUCUCUUCAGCCUCCUAGCCGCUGUGCCCGCCUCCGUAAGCCAGAAGUAAGUGAUUGCCAGGGAGGUGUUCCUUAAAUGCAUAUAUAUUGCAAUGCAUGCUGUACUUACUGUAAUUUGCCUGCAGCUGCAGAUCCCUGAGCACUAUGGAGCAGUCACGAUACUGUCUUAUCUCAAAACUUUCUACUUGUUCUCUGUUCUGCAGAGUGACUCGGGGGCAACGUUCUAAAAGUAGAUGAGCAGCAAUAACAUUCCAUUGGUUUCCAUGGUGAAUACGCCACUUUUAAAUCUUUGCCCCAGAAUAACCCAUAACCCCACGUAUAGUGCAAGUACGCUGUGCUUUUGCAAGUUUUGCAACUCCCGUCACGCUUAGCCAGAGAUUAGCAAGGGACGGAUGGAGGUUCUAACGUUUUGGACUAAUAGAGAAUUUCAUUCCUGUAAUGUACUGUCUGAUUCUCAGUUUGAGUGGAGUUGUAGUCCACAGGACCUGGAUUGUGUGAUAUUGUCAAUUGUCACUACAUGGCUUGCAGUAUUGGGAUGUCUAAGAAUAAUGGGAGUUGUAGCUAGCAGCACUAGCUGGAAUUAUACAAACUGACAUCUAUUGGCAUGUUGUGUUAUUUGAAAUAGAAAUAGGCAUGGAAUUAUUUAUGCUUUACAAUUCCUAUAGGGACAAUAUAUACAUUGCUUUACACAUUGACCUGUAUGUACAGAGCCACUAGAGAAACUUUGUGUUAUUAGAGAACAACUAGGGCUCUCUGCUUGAUAAAUAGGUUCCACAAAUUCAGAGAGAUUAGGUGAGAUGAGGUAUGUAUUAAAAAUGCAAAAGUGGGAAAUUAUCCAACUAUCUCUCUAAAUGGAUUAAACAAAUAAAACAAACAAAUUAGAUAAUAUUGAAUUCCAACUCCAGUAACAACGUUUGUGUGGAUUAAUCUCUCGUGUCAUCUUAUCAAAUCGAUAUUACGCUCGUUUAUUGAUUAUUGCUGAAUUUACUAUACUAUAUAUAUUUAUAUAUAUAUAUUAAAGGUUCAUUCAUUACUAAUUAGUAUAUGGUUAUUUACUAAAGUGAGAAUUGUCUAGCCGCUAGCAUUUGGAAUACAAAUAUGUUUUUCUAACACUAUAGUGUCCUGUAGAUGUUUAGGUGUCGAACCCCAGAAGUACUUGAGGAAGUUAGAUUGACUUACUAUUUCUUCCUCACCAUGCUACUCUCUCUGCGGACUCCUCACCUCCUUGGCCUCUGUCUGAUGCCACAUGGGCCUCACGUAGUCCAAUCACAGGCUUCAUGGAGAAGCCAGUGAUUGGCAAUUUUGCCAGCUCAUAGCACAUGCGCUCAAUCUGAGCCGCAAGGGAAGGGGCGAGGAAGGAGGUGAGGGAGGGCAAGAGGGAGAAUUUAUUGGGGCAAAAAGUACAAGUAGCUGAGGGAGAGAGGGAAGAUUAGCACGUCUGUCGCUAACGUGCAGUGUGCACUGACAACAGACACAAAAUAUGCACUGAAUUGACAUUGGCAGCCAGUAAUAGAAUUCUGGGCUGCAAAUGUCAAGUGGCCGUGGGUGCAACUAGCGCCAGCACACAAUUAACAAUAUCUCUGUGUAUGCAGUGUUUCAAGCUGAAACACUGCACAUACUGACUCCUACUACCACUUCAAAUCACCAAAGUAGUUAUGGUGAGUGGGGUAACCCUUUAAAGAACUUCUCCAACUAUUACAUACACUAAUGUUUAUGAUGGUAGGAAUACCCUGAUGCCAUUUCCUCUUACAUGGGUCCCUGGCCGGCACUGGGUCUCCUCUGUAGGCUGGUUUAUGACAUCCGAUUUUUGCACCACUAUAGUAGUUAGAUGCUAAAAUGCCAAUCAUUCCUUGUCUGAGAGUGUUAGCUAAUCUCUCUCAGCUAGUGAAUGACCCUCUGGGCAUAGAAUUUACAUUAAACAACUCAAAACUCUUGAUCCGGGUUUGCUAAUGAUGCUGCAACAACGCUGCUGGAGAUGGUGGUACACAUUUGGCAGCAAAGGGAUUCAACUCAGAAUGGUAGCUUGUCAAGAUGUAGACACCAGUCACUUUGAUUAUAUCAAAUCACUGAAGUGAUCAUGGUGCUUGAAAUAAUGAUUUGAUCAAAGCUAUAUACAUGUUUCACAUAAACGUCAAAUACUGGACCACAUUAAAUGAACAUUAGAAUAUUUUGUUCUUUCAGGUGCCAUAUGGACUUAAUAUUACUGGUGGCAUAAAAUUAAAAAUGGAAAAAUAAAAUUUACAAACUGGUUAACACUUUAUUGUAGAAGCAUUACAUAAUUAUUUUGCUGUUUUUGUUUUGUUUUUAACUAUGUGUGCUUUAUGAUUUUUUUUUUUUUUUUAAACAUGAAUUACAGUGUUUGGAAAGUGAAUGUAAGCGGCCCAAUAUAGAUUGCUAACAUUAAUGGUGAUUAUUGCAAUCAUAUAAUAGAAAGUAGAGAAUGGCUGCUUUAGCAGGGGGUCUGUCUAAAUGGGGCUAGUACAUGACAGAUUUUAAUAAAACAUUGUAAUAUUUGCUUUGGAUUUAAAAAAAAAAAAAAAAAUUAUGACGUGUUUUAAAGUGAUAUUUUAUAGAAAGCCAGGACUAGUCUGUUUAAUUUUUAAAACCUGCAGCUCACAUGACUCUGCACUGCUGAAUAGUGCUUUAUAUUCAUAUAGAACCUGUCCAUCGCAAAUCAUGUAGAUGAAAAGUUCAUAUACAGAAAUGUUAUAUUCACUAUGUGGACUUUGCUGGCCAAACCUCUGGCAAGUGAAUAGAUCCAAAACUAAGUUUGUCUAAAGUUUAAUUUUUUUCAUAGAUAACUGUAGAUUCUGCAAGCAAUGAUUUAUGGGACCUUGCAAAGUCACAUCACCAAUGGUGGUCCGGUGGCCAAUGGGGGUUAGAUAAGUGUGAGAUUACAUUCCUAAACCUGUCCCUCGAGGGUGCCACCAUCUUGGGCGUAUUGUUCUUAUUCAGCACCAGGAGCUGAAGUGUACAGCAUUGAGGCCCAUUGGGAAUCCCGCGAGACAGCAGGUUCCCCUACAGACCCAACCAAUACCAUGCAGCUGUCUCUGAUGACGGCUGCAGGUUUUGACACAUAGGCUCCGCCUUGUGUCAGGAAAUGUCAGGCAGAAGAUAAAUACAGAGACAAAGUAUACCCUAUUUUGUCUCUGUAUUUCUCUUGACUGGGUUGGGAUUUCAGUGAAAUUUAAACACAGUCAUAAUGAGUAUUCCAUAAAGAUUCUAUCUUUUGAAAUACUCAUUUUUAAUAUGGGGGUGACAGUGCCGUUUUAAAGUAUCACCAUGUAAUGUUGGCCAUGACAGGUGCACUAUAUGACCACAGUAUCAUGACUAUGCUAGUCAUGUUGGCACCAUUUGUACAAGUAUUGGGGAUUUCCAUGCUGUACCCCUUCACCACUCAGUGAAAAUGUUACAUUGUGGGGUACACCCACUCAUGAAACUCCUGUUGGAUUGAAGGUUUGAGUACCUACACUGUAAUGGCUUCAAACUGCACUGUGUUCUAUUGGUUGUUAUAAUGUUUAACAUUUUUAACAAUUUACAACAUUUUAAACUUUUUAAACUGUGACAUGUUUAUAGUGUAUCAUGGCAUGGUUUAAUAACUCUAUGUUUUUGAGCUUUUAAUUUUACAAAAAUAUGGCACUUGCAUGUGUAUUUUGCACAAAUGAAAAAAAUUAAAUAAAAUACACAAGUGACAGGUCUUUUUUAAAAAUACUUUAUUCAUUUUAAACCAAAUGUUCAGUCCUUUUUACAAAUUGUUGUGAUUAACAGUUAGUAUAGUAACAGUAACAUAGUAACAGUUUAUAGGGCUUACAACAGCUACUCUUGUUUCUACAGGAGUUUUAAAAAUCGACACUGCAAUGUCUAUACAUGCAAGCUAAUCAGGAGGCACACAGACACAGGUAGAAUGAUUAAUGGCCGCAUUCCUAUAUCCGCAUAUUGCAGUGAGCUUGCAGGAAAAUUGUUUAGCUAGCGUAUGCCGGUACUUAGCAGGACUUUGUAAAUUUUAUUUGGUUUAAUAUAUUUUGUUCAGCAAACUUUCAAACCUUCCUGUUAAUAUUUACUGUCUAUUAUAAAAUAUGGAUUGUUUUACUAGGGUAUACUAAAAAUAAGAAAAGCCAGUAGUAAAGAUAGAACCUAGAGUCAAUUUAUUCAGGAUGGAAGUGUUGUGUUUUGACAUUUAGAGAUACAUUAAAUAUUCAGAAGGGGUUUUCUCUAUCUUUGUAUGUGUAAAACGUAUCUAAAGAGUUCAAGCUUUUAUUGAUUUAUGUAAAUGUGGAGGGUGUACAAAACAUUAACAUGAUUGUUUAUUCAACUCAACAUUUUUGUGAAUUAUGUCCAAGUGGCAAAUAUGAGGCUCAGAUAGCUAAUUUGGAAAAAGUCUCCAAUUUUGUUAUUUUAGCCUCAGUUUUGCUAUUUCCAUGUAAUUUCCUAAAAUUAUAAGUUUUUGCUAAAAAAACAACAAAACAACAACCUAUAAUAACACAUUUGUAGUUUUGCUAUGCACACCUCAGUCUCAGUUUCUCAGGGCAUAGCUUUUUUCAAAAUAUCAAACGGUCUGCAGGGGUGGUUGCCCAUGGUGAAGAGAAUAAAUUCCACUACUGCUUUAGAUUGGCUGGUAGUAGAAGAUACUGGUUGAAUAGAUCUGGUGAAUAGACAGUUUCAAUGCAUUUAACCCCUUAAGGACACAUGACAUGUGUGACAUGUCAUGAUUCCCUUUUAUUCCAGAAGUUUGGUCCUUAAGGGGUUAAUGGAUACUUGUCAUGGCAACAGAUGACUGACUUUGAAUACCUGUACUGUACACAUUUAUUAUUUAUUUAUUUAUUUAUAAAAUAUUUUACCAGGAACGAUGCAUUGAGAUUUCUCUUGUUUUCAACUAUGUCCUGGGUCCACACAUACACUACACACAUUCACAGAUAUACACACAUACCAAGACACACACAAAUACACAUACUUUUUCAGAUAGAUUGUAUUAUACCUAUUGUUUCAGUAAAAUAACUUGAACAAUCUUGCUGGAUGUAUCAUAUAUAUAUAUAUAUAUAUAUAUAUAUAUAUAUAUAUAUAUAACACACACAUAUAUAUAUAUGUGUUAGGGGCACAUAGCCGUAUAAGGAGUAAGGACCAAGUAUAAGCGUAGGAUAGUAUAAAAGAGCAAGUCGGUUGUGGUGUGCCGGAACCGACUACGCGGAAGGCCUAUAAAUAAAGAGGGUCCACCAAAGAGUAAGAAAAAGAAAGGAAAAGAGAAAAAGAAAGGAAGGAAAAGCAUUGAGAAUGUGGAGUGGUGGUGCGUGUUGACUUAUUUUUGAAUGCGGUAGAGCCAGUAGGUAGUAAUCCGUGUGUUUUUGGAGGUGAGAUCGAUUAAGACAAUGAGUUGUGGUGAUAGUGGUAAACUCUCUUGGCCUUAGAAAACCAUUUAAUGGCAAGUGAGUGUAUCAUUUUGUUUGUUUGUCUGUUUGUUUUGUUACCUUGUGCAAUCACAUUGUUAUCUCUGCUUUUAGGCCCCCCCAGGAGGUGUGUGCCUUUUUCUGUAGCUCAUCACUGCAUGAUGGCAUUGUAAUGUGACAGGGGUUCUGUCCAGGGCUGACUUCCACCUGUCAUUCCCAUAAUUACUUCUUAUCAAACAUCUUUCAUCUCCAGCAUUCUGCUCCAGUAUAAAACUGUUUACAAUCUGUAAAUAAUGCCUCUACCGAAAUAAACGUAGAAAUCAACGUAUUGAAUACAUUAAAUAUGAACAAAUGUUCACUUUGUGAAUUUCUAACACUUACAAAUUUACUCACUAAACUCUGCAUUUUAGUGGAUUAAAUCACAAUAUUGAAACUAAAAUAGCCAAACUGACUAUAGUUCAGUUGGAACAUUUUUCCCGAUAAGCUAUUUUAGCCUUAGUUUUGCAAACUGGAUGUUAAUUUGAUAUAAUGUGGAGUUAAAUGAAAACAUGUUUACACAAAAAUAAUACUUUGAUUUUAAUUUGCAGUUUAAUUUUCCAUGCCACCAUCUCCAUUCUGCCCUUUGUACUACACAGCUGCCCUGGUUAGGAGUUAAAAAAAAAGAAUUCCAUUGAUAAAGUACUUCUAAUAAUGCAUAACAGUAUUCUACAGAAAGAAGUUAUAUAUAUCAUCGCUUACUAUGUUUCUUUUCAACAUGACCCAACAAAACCAAAUGAAUAAACAUUUUUAGAAAUCAAUGAAAAGUGAAAAUGGAACUGAAUGCAAUUAACUUCCACAUCCUUUCUCUAUCCCUAUCUCUGCACUGGUGAUGCGUGCGGGGAAUUAUACAAAUUCAUAGGUGUCUGAGAUGGUGCAUCUUUUGUUACCACAGUCAGUACACACAGGGCUGUCUUAAUGCAUGGGCACGCUGAGCAGUUGCCCAGGGGGCCACACAAGCAUAGGGGGUCCUAUUGGCUUGCCAACUUUUUAAGUAUAUUAUUGAGGGAGAUUUAUUCAGAAUCCUAUAUUAAAACAUUUAGGUAGACUAAUCACCUCAGUAUCAGCUAUUAUCUGUACAUGCAAUCUUGCUGUUGCAAAAACAAUGUACACAUACUAAUUAUACAUAAGCUAAAACUUGUAGAUUCCAGCUUAAAAACAUUGCCCGCAUACGCCCCUUCCUUACGCAAGAUGUUGCCAAGAAACUUGUUCAUGCUCUAGUAAUCUCUCGCAUGGAUACAAUAAUUCUCUCCUAAUUGGUCUCCCCAGAAGCCAUACUGCCCCCCUACAAUCUUUGAUUAAUGCUGCUGCCAGGCUGAUCUUUCUCUCCUGUCACUCCUCUCACACCUCACCCCUCUGUUGAUCCUUACAAGUGCCAAUUUAAAUCACUAACUGUACGGAGCUUCCUGUACCCCUGUUGGGUACCUCCGCUGACGGAUGCUCCUAGUGCUUCUCCAGAGAGCUCCAAGCACUUCUCCAGACACCAAAAAUACUGCAGACCCCACGAACCGCCGCAGCUUGGUUGGGGCCUCGCUGUCUCCUACACACCUUGGACCUAUGAGAAGGCUUCAGGUUCCAGGGGGUGAACCUCUCUUCCUUCAGGAGAGCAUCGCAGGAACAGCUCUUACAAGAGCUAGUGAUUAUCCAAGGGAGUAUAACGAGUAUAGCUAUCCCUGGUGAUGAUAUAGCAGCUCCCUACAAUAAGAGACAGAACUCAGUAUUGAAGGUGAAGAAGGUCUGAUGUUUUAAUGGUACUGUGAUAAACUGCCUUUUGUCACUGGAUUUUUAUGUGACCAACUGCCCUUUGCUCCUGGUUUUUGGAGGAGCCUGAUUGUCAGCCUCUUGCCUCAUGACUAUGGCCCUGGGGUGCAUGGCCCUUUAAAAACUAUAUGUGGGCAUAUUGGGACUUUUUGGGACAAUGCCCCUUUAAGACUGUGUCCCCAGACUGUUAAAAUACGUUGUGAAUGUCAUUUUCCUAUUUGGUUCGGUAAUUAGGGCUUACCGAACCAAUUACUGUACAGGCAGACCACACAGAAGUGGAAGUGUGCGGCUAAUUUACCUCCCAGGCUGGGGGGUUACUGCAGGUUAAUUGCCGACCGCUGGGUGGCCGCCGUUCGUACAGUUGAACACGUGGCGACGGCCAUCUUUAUUUAAUCGAACGCGGUCAGCGGUGUGUGCCAUCAAAUUCAUGGAACUAAAAUCGGCUACAAAACGGCACGAACACCGCUGAAGUUUUAUCUUCCCUGGAACUAUUCGACAAAUUGAAUGCCGUUCGACAAUUCGAACACUGUUCGAUAGUUCAUUCGACAAUUCGAAUGGUUUUCGUUCGUCUGUUUGAACUGACUUUAAAAUGAGAAAUAGACCAGCCCCACAGCCUGAUUCUCUGGAACUGUUUUGGGCAGGAAAGCAUGCUUGCGGUUUGUCAUAAAGGACUUCCAGCUGACUUUUUAACCACGGAGGGAAUUGUCUGAUUUUUAGGUAUGUUUGUAUUUGAAGUUUUAUCUUCCCUGGAACUAUUCAACAAAUUGAAUGCCGUUCGACAAUUCGAACACUGUUCGAUAGUUCAUUCGACAAUUCGAAUGGUUUUCGUUCGUCUGUUUGAACUGACUUUAAAAUGAGAAAUAGACCAGCCCCACAGCCUGAUUCUCUGGAACUGUUUUGGGCAGGAAAGCAUGCUUGCGGUUUGUCAUAAAGGACUUCCAGCUGACUUUUUAACCACGGAGGGAAUUGUCUGAUUUUUAGGUAUGUUUGUAUUUGAAGUAUGCUGAGUAUUUGCACCCUAACUGCAAAUUAAUGCCUGCAAGACUUCUCAUGGGCAGCUCUUUUCCUUUGGAACAGCCUGCCUACCCCUGUCAACCUCUCCCCUAGUCUUCAAUCCUUUAAGAAGUCCCUCAAUAACCAUGUUUUCAGGAGUGCUUAUGGCCUCAAAGAGUAACUUCUGUCUCUGAAACUUUCCACUUGCUCUCUCCUAAAGAGCCACACUCAACUCUCACCUUCAGUUCUGCUACUUUCCCACCAUGUCUAUUUGCUGUCUCUCUCAAUACCCUUCCAUAUUGUGGUUUUAUACCCUACCACCUUUAGAUUGUAAGCUCGUUUCAGCAGGGUCCUCAACUACCUAUUGUUCCUGUUAAGUUUUGUUAUUUUCUUAUUUGGUAAAUUCUCCUCUUAUUGUAAAGCACUGCAGAAUAAGGUGGCACUAUAUAAAUGCCAAUAAUAAUUAUAAUAAUAAUAAACAAGACAAAAUCAAGACUUAAUUUUUUUGCAGCCAUAAAGUUAUAAUGAAGUUCUUCCAAUAUUUUUUUUUUUGUUGUAAAUAUCUUUUUAUUGUGUUUUUUUUUUUUUGUCAUGGAAAAUAACAAGCAUGUAGCAGUGAGACUCGCAGGUCUCUGUGGUAGUAGCAUAACGAUACAAAACAAUAACCAAAAUCAGUACUGACAGCAUGUGUAUCAAGGCCGGGGCCUGUGUUUGUACCGUGUCCACCUCUCCCUUGAAGGUAUGAUCACUACUUGUGAUAUGCGUGGUCUGGCUCAUGCCCUCUACCCCCAUUCUCCUGCUUUCUUAGUAGGGGGCGCUUAUGGGUGUUGUGGAUCGUCGGCUUCUGUUGUGCAAGAUCAAUCGUGCAAGCCAACCAGUUCCGAAACUGGAUUGAUCUGGGGUGGGUUGAGGUCAGGAAAGAGCGGGGAUGGGGCGUGGUAAUGCGAUGUAGGGGAGGAGGGAGGAGUGGGGACAAAAAAAGGAGUGCCCCACCUCUGGUGUGCCAAGGCUCCUUGCCCCCUAAGUCCAUGGGUCUAUGCUGGCCAGCAAACCAGUCGCUUAGUGCUAUUCUUAUAUUGCGGCUUGUUCCUGUCAGGAUCGUGACAGGGAUCCAACACGCAGAAUACAAACAGGGGAUAGGUACGUAUACCGGACCUUAGAAUGGCCGGACUAACGUAAGGAGAAAGCAAAAGAAUAGUCAGAGACAAGCCGAGGUCGAGGGAACGAGAGAUCAGGUAAGCGAGAGACAAGCCGAGUCAAAAGGACAAGAGAGGAAAGCAGGGUCAAAAUACAAGCCGAGUCAGGAACCAAAAGACAAUAGAGGUAAUUGCACUGAGUGACCAGACUAGCUAGAACCACGACAGGGCAAUGAAUCAUUCCACAGAACCCUUUUUUAUACCUUGGCUCUUUAACUGUUGGCUCCGCCCCCAACGGGUCCUGAUUGGUUGUUCGGCACUUGGUUGCCGUGAUUGACGGGUCGGAACGUGAUUGCCGUCAUGGCGUCGGCUACUGAGCGCCGCGUCAUAAAAGGAGGCGGAGCUAUCGCGGCCGGCGUGUAAACGACCGGGAGGAGUGCAAGGAUCGGGUGAGUCAGCCCCCCUGGGAGGAUGGACGUCUAGGUGUCUAACCUCCUCCGAGGUAGACACCAAAGGUACCCUGACAGUACCCCCCUCUCAGAAACGCCCACCGGGCGGAAGGAACCGGGGCGGGACGGAAAACGAGCAUGAAAUGCCCGGAGGAGACGAGGGGCAUGCACAUUUUCAUGGACCACCCAAGACCUUUCUUCAGGCCCAUACCCCUUCCAGUCAACAAGAUAUUGCAACUUCCCCCGAGAAAUACGAGAAUCGAGAAUGGAUUUGAUUUCAUAUUCCUCCUGACCCUCAACCUGGACAGCGAGAGGGGAGGACUCAGGGGAGGAAAAUCUGUUGCAAACCAAAGGCUUCAAUAAAGAAACAUGAAAAGAGUUAGGGAUGCGCAGGGCAGGCGGAAGGGCAAGACGAUAUGCAACCGGGUUAAUCCGACACAGAACCUUGUAAGGGCCUAUGUAACGAGGGGCAAAUUUCAUGGAAGGAACCUUCAAGCGGAUGUUUCUGGUACUCAACCACACCCUAUCACCCGGGGCAAAAACCGGAGCCACCCGUCUCCGUUUGUCAGCGUGUCGUUUGAACACCAUGGAAUUCUGAAGAAGAAUUCGUCGAGUCUGAUCCCACAACUUUCUCAGAUUGGCGACAUGAACAUCAACCGACGGAACCCCUUGGGAAGGGGAAACCGACGGAAGAAUGGAAGGAUGAAAGCCAUAAUUCAAGAAAAAGGGGCUAGAACGAGUAGAAUCACAAACGAGAUUGUUGUGUGCAAACUCUGCCCAAGGAAUCAGACCAACCCAAUCGUCCUGGUGUUCAGAAACAAAACAACGCAAAUAUUGUUCAAUCUUUUGGUUGGUGCGUUCGGCAGCUCCGUUGGACUGGGGAUGAUAGGCAGAGGAGAAGUUCAACUUGAUGCCUAAGUGAGAACAGAAAGACUUCCAAAAGCGGGAAACAAAUUGGGAACCUCUAUCAGAAACAAUUUCAGAGGGAAUACCAUGUAGACGAAAAAUCUCCCUCGCGAAUAUCUCAGCUAAUUCGGGAGACGAGGGCAGUUUAGGCAAGGGCACGAAAUGAGCCAUUUUAGUAAACCUGUCAAUCACCGUGAGAAUAACAGUAUGUUUUUUAGAAACAGGCAAAUCGACAAUGAAAUCCAUAGCCAAACACGACCAUGGUCUCUCGGGAAUUUCUAAGGGAUGCAAAAGUCCACAAGGGAGCGCGUGAGGUUGCUUAGUCUUCAUACAGACAGCACAUGCCCUGACGAAAUCCCUUAUAUCCUUACGAAGGGAAGGCCACCAGAAAUCUUUAGAAAUCAGGGAACACGUUUUGCGUGUGCCGGGGUGCCCAGCAAUUUUACUGUCAUGAAAGCAAUGCAGCAGUUCCACUUGGAGCUCAGGAGGAACGAAGUAUCGAUCCCCAGGAACAGGUUUGGGAGCUAGAUGUUGUACUUUCUUGAUCUCAGCAAGCAAUGGCGAGUGUAUCCUGACACAAGUGUUGGCAAUAAUAUUACACUUAGGAACGAUAGAAGACAAAGCUGCUUCAGACACCGUAGAGGGUUCAUGUUGACGGGACAAUGCAUCUGCCUUAGAGUUCUUAGAACCAGGUCUAUAAGUGAGCACGUAAUUGAAAUGUGUCAGAAACAAGGACCAACGAGCUUGCCUGGCGGACAAGCGCUUGGCCUCCCCUAUGUAAGACAAAUUCUUGUGAUCAGUCAAAAUAGUAACCGGGUAUAAUGUCCCCUCCAACAAAUGUCUCCAUUCCUUUAAAGCCAUAAUGACCGCUAACAGUUCCCUAUCACCAAUGUCAUAUCUACUUUCAGGCCCAGAUAAUUUCUUGGAAAAAAAACCACAAGGAUGUAACGGUUUAUCCAAACCUAGCCUUUGGGACAAGAUAGCGCCUAUACCUGUCUCCGAGGCGUCAACCUCGAGUAAAAAAGGCAAAGAUGUGUCAGGAUGAACUAAUAUCGGUGCUGAGGCAAAAUGUUCCUUGAGAGUUUUGAAAGCAGAGAGAGCCUCUGUGGACCAAGUCUUGGUAUCAGCCCCCUGUCUAGUCAUAUUAGUAAUAGGAGCAAUAAUAGAAGAGUAACCUUUAAUGAAGCGCCUAUAAUAAUUGGAAAAUCCGAUAAAUCUCUGAAUGGCCUUGAGUCCCCUGGGCAAUGGCCAAUCUAAAAUCGAUUGGAGUUUAAUGGGGUCCAUCCUAAAUCCGUCUCCAGAAAUAACGUAGCCAAGAAAGUUUAUCUGAGAUUGGUCGAAGCUACACUUUUCCAAUUUGCAGUACAAUCCAUGUUGUAACAGUUUGCGCAGUACCCUUCUGACUUGUCUGUGGUGAGUCUCAAUCUCUCUAGAGUGUAUUAGUAUAUCAUCCAAAUAUACUAUAACGCAUUCAUGCUGAAAUUCCCUAAGAACCUCAUUAAUAAGGUCCUGGAAUACUGCAGGUGCAUUGCAAAGCCCGAAGGGCAUUACCGUGUAUUCAUAGUGGCCAUAACGGGUAUUGAAAGCUGUUUUCCAUUCGUCUCCCUGCUGAAUUCUCACCAAGUUAUAAGCUCCCCUCAAAUCUAACUUGGUAAAAAUCUUGGAGCCUUUCAGUCGAUCAAAGAGCUCAGUAAUUAAAGGAAUAGGAUAAGCAUUUCUAACAGUUAUCUUAUUCAAGCCCCGAUAAUCAAUGCAAGGCCGUAGAGUGCCGUCUUUUUUAUCUACAAAAAAGAAACCGGCCCCGGCCGGAGAAGAUGAUCUCCUAAUAAAACCUUUGUCUAGGUUUUCACGUAUGUACUCCUCUAGGACUAAGUUUUCCUUAGUGGAUAAAGGAUAUACCGUACCCCUCGGAGGCAUAGUACCAGGUAGGAGUCUAAUUUUACAGUCGAAAGACCUAUGUGGAGGUAAAGUAUCAGCCCUCUUUUUGUCAAAGACUGCCUUUAAAUCCUGGUACUGUGAUGGUAUCUGUAAAUCUGUAGGUUGGGAAGAGUUAACCGGGGCGCCAACCCUGCAAAUUGGUGAGACUUUCUGCACACAUCCUUUCUGGCAACCCUGACCCCAGGAGACUAUCUCACCCAGUUCCCAGUCAAUGAUAGGGUUAUGCUUCUUAAGCCAGGGAUACCCCAAGACUAUAGGAACUGAAGGAGAUGAGAUCAGCAUGAGGGAUAUUCUUUCCUCGUGAAGGAUACCAGUGGUUAACUUAAUUGAUAUGGUUUCACGAAAAAUCACAGGUUCAGAUAAUGGUCUACCAUCUAUGGCCUCAACGGCCAAGGGUGUAUCCCUUAGCUGAGAUGGGAUAGAAUGGUUAGUGACAAAGGCUUGGUCAAUAAAGCUUUCAGCUGCUCCGGAAUCUAUCAAAGCCAUAGCAUUAAGUACUCCCCUUUCCCAGGCUAAAGAAACAGGUAUCAGAAGCCUAUGAUCUUUAUAAUCAUAAAUAGAGGACAAGAUAGAAACACCCAAGGCCUGUCCUCUUGAGAAACUUAGGUGCGAGCGUUUCCCGGCCGGUUAGGGCAAUUUAGGCGUAGGUGACCUCUAAUUCCGCAAUACAUACAAAGACCCUCCCUUCUCCUGUACUGUCUUUCCUCCUCUGAGAGUCGAGUAUGACCUAUUUGCAUAGGUUCUGGGAGAGCUAAAGUAGUAGAAUCAGAAGUCUGAAAUGAGGGAGCUAGUCUUAUGGAGGAUCUGCGGGUUCUAUCCCGAAUAUUCUGCCUCUGUCUCAUACGUUCAUCUAUUCGGGAAAUAAAUGAAAUCAGAUCCUCCAAAUUUUCAGGAAGAUCUCUUGUGGCCACCUCAUCUAAAAUCUCAUCAGAUAACCCGUUCAUAAAUACGUCCAUAUAAGCCUGUUCAUUCCACUUGACCUCUGCCGCCAAGGAUCUGAACUCCAAGGCAUAAUCCACUAGGGUUCGGUUAUACUGUCUAAGACGUAACAGUAGUCUAGCUGCAUUGGCCUUUCUUCCUGGAGGGUCAAAAGCUCUCCUAAAUGCAGCGACAAAAGCAUUAUAAUUAUAAACUAACGGGUUAUCAUUUUCCCACAGGGGGUUAGCCCAUCUAAGUGCCUUGUCAAUGAGCAAGGUAAUUAUAAAUCCAACCUUUGCCCUGUCAGUAGGGUAGGCGUGGGGUUGUAAUUCAAAAUGAAUACCAAUCUGGUUUAAAAAACCUCGACAAGUGUCAGGAGCGCCGCCAUAGCGUGACGGGGACGUAACACGGGAAGAAGUAGCCACUGUGGCUACCUCUAGGCCUGUACUUAUAGGAGAGAUAGAUGGGGUACGCAUCUCCUCUGAGUGACUACUAGGACGAGAUAGCAAUGCUUGCAGAGCUAGAGCCAUCUGGUCCAUUCUAUGAUCCAUGGCCUCAAAUCUAGAGUCAGGAGAACCGACCUGAGAGUUUGUACCUGCAGGAUCCAUUGGCCCUGUCGUAAUGUCAGGAUCGUGACAGGGAUCCAACACGCAGAAUACAAACAGGGGAUAGGUACGUAUACCGGACCUUAGAAUGGCCGGACUAACGUAAGGAGAAAGCAAAAGAAUAGUCAGAGACAAGCCGAGGUCGAGGGAACGAGAGAUCAGGUAAGCGAGAGACAAGCCGAGUCAAAAGGACAAGAGAGGAAAGCAGGGUCAAAAUACAAGCCGAGUCAGGAACCAAAAGACAAUAGAGGUAAUUGCACUGAGUGACCAGACUAGCUAGAACCACGACAGGGCAAUGAAUCAUUCCACAGAACCCUUUUUUAUACCUUGGCUCUUUAACUGUUGGCUCCGCCCCCAACGGGUCCUGAUUGGUUGUUCGGCACUUGGUUGCCGUGAUUGACGGGUCGGAACGUGAUUGCCGUCAUGACGUCGGCUACUGAGCGCCGCGUCAUAAAAGGAGGCGGAGCUAUCGCGGCCGGCGUGUAAACGACCGGGGGGAGUGCAAGGAUCGGGUGAGUCAGCCCCCCUGGGAGGAUGGACGUCUAGGUGUCUAACCUCCUCCGAGGUAGACACCAAAGGUACCCUGACAGUUCCUUGAUGUGUUGGUCAUGAAAUUCGGGGGUCGUGGCUGUGGUAAGCCAUGGUGUCCUUAUGUCUGUAUAUGUCUGUGUCCUGUCCAGCGCGGUGAACCACAAGUCCUCCAAUGUCCUCAGUUCCUCCAUCCUUGCGAAUCAGUCCGAGAAUUGGGAACUUAAACUCAACCUGUCCAAAACAGAACUUCUGGUCUUUCCUGCCUCAAGUGUUGCUACUCCCAUGUCUGUCUCCAUCCAAGUCAACAGUGCCACCAUCACCUCCACCUCGCAGGCUCGCUCCCUAGGUGUUCUCUUUGACUCCGACCUCUCCUUCACCCCUAGUGUCCAGUCGAUCUCCAAAUACUGCCACUUCCAUCUCAAAAACAUAGCUCACAUCCACCCCUAUUUAACACCAGACGCAGCUAAGAUGCUGGUCCAUGCUAUUGUUCUUUUACGCCUUGACUACAGCAAUCCCCUUCUCAGUAGUCUAACAUGUUCCCAGAUUACACCACUGCAAUCUAUAAUGAAUGAGGCGGCAAGGCUCAUUUUCCUGUCCUCCCACGCCUCCUCCUCUGUCAGUCCCUACAUUGGCUUCCAGCUAAUAUAGGGCUCAAUUUAAGAUUCUGGUGCUUGCUUACAAGUCCCUACAUAAUGCUGUUCCAAACUACUUAUCCUGCCUAAUACACAAGAAGGUCCCGUCGAGGCCCCUGAGCUCUGCCGAAGACCUACGUCUAUCCGCUGUCAGUACUCCCACAUCUGAUGCUCGCCUCCAAAACUUCUCCAGGGCUGCACCUUUUCUGUGGAACUCCCUUCCCUUCUCCAUUAGACUUUCACCCAGUCUCCACUCCUUUAAAAUAUCUUUGAAAACACACUUCUUCAGGAAAGCAUAUCAUUUAAAUUGUUAGCGGGUUUUCAUUCUCCCCCACCUCACCCAUAACUGCUCUCCUACAAUUGUCAAAAAUAACCUACUAAGUUCUCCGUGAAUACUUUUCUAGCAACCUAUUUCAUUAUCCCUACUUAUACCCUUUGUGCCACUAUACCCCACUCUCUCUGGCAUGUAAGCUCAUUGAGCAAGGCCCUCAACCCCUCUGUUCCUGUGCGUCCAUAAGUCUGGUUACAAUUACACGUCUGUUAGUCCACCCAUUGUACGGCACUACGGAAGUUGCUGGCACUAUAUAAAUAAUAAAAUAAUAAUAAUAAUGUCAGUUGCCUCCCCAUGCUACUUAAAUAUGGAUUAAUCUAACAUUUUUUAAAUGUUUAACCCCUUAAGGACGGUGGGCGUUCUAUGCCGUCCUUGGGGACCCGGCUCUAAACGCUGGCGGGUGGCAUAGAACGCCCAAGCCGUCCUGUACUUACCCGGUCACCGGCGAUCGCGGUGUGGGGACUCACCUGGGAGCCCAGGGAGUCUCCCUCCUUCCUCUUUGGCACCCCUGGGCCAUGUGAUCGCUAGUUCCUUGCGAGGACUUCACGAUCACAUGGACGGCAUAGUGCCAGUCAGUGCCAGCAGGGAGAGUGACUGUGAUGACAGGUACUCCCCCUGCUGCCUGAAAACUGUAAAAUAAAAGAUUUCAUAAUAGUUUAAAAUAAACUAUAUACUUAGAUCAUAUAUAUAUUUAUUAUAUAUAUGAUCUAAGUAUAUAUAUAUAUACACCCUGUUCCAAAUUAUAAUGCAAAUUCUAUUUAAGUGUCACAAAGAUUAAAUAUUUAGUAUUUUAGUUUAACUCAUGGAUGGCAUUGUGUCUCAGGGCUCUUCCGAUCACUGAAAACAAUCUCGGACACCUGUAAUAAUAAUUAGAUUGCCAGGUGAGCCCAAUUUAAGGAAAAACUACUAAAGGAGGGUGUUCCACAUUAUUAAGCAGAGCACCAUUUUCAUGCAAUAUGGGGAAGAAAAAGGAUGUCUCUGCUGCCGAAAAGAGUGAAAUAGUUCAAUGCCUUGGACGAGGUAUGAAACCAUUAGAUAUCUCACGAAAACUUAAGCGUGAUCAUCGCACUAUUAAGAGAUUUGUGGGUGAUUCAGAGCACAGAAGGGUUUGUGCAGAUAAAGGCACAUUGAGGAAGAUUUCUGCCUGAUCCAUGCAUUGGAUCAAGAAAACAGCUGCUAAAAUACCAUUACAUAGCAGCAAACAGAUAUUUGAAGCUGCUGGUGCCUCUGGAGUCCCACGGACAUUAAGGUGUAGAGUCCUCCAGAGUCUUGCAACUGUGCAUAAACCUUCUAAUCGGCCACCAUUAACCAAUGCUCACAAGCAAAAACGGCUGCAUUGGGCAGAAAAAUACAUGAAGACUAAUUUUCAAACGGUCCUGUUCACUGAUGAGUGCCGUGCAACCCUGGAUGGUCCAGAUGGAUGGAGUAGUGGAUGGUUGGUAGACGGCCAACCUGUUUCAACAAGACUGCGAUGUCAGCAAGGCGGUGGUGGAGUCAUGUUUUGGGCCGGAAUCAUGGGAAGAGAGCUGGUCGGCCCCUUUAGGGUUUAAAUGACCUCUGCAAAGUAUGGGGAGUUUCUGACUGACCACUUUCUUCCCUGGUACAGAAGAAAGAACUAUGCUUUCCGUAAUAAAAUCAUCUUCAUGCAUGACAAUGCACCAUCUCAUGCCGCAAAGAAUACCUCUGCAUCAAUGGCUGCUAUGGGGAUAAAAGGAGAGAGAGUCAUGAUGUGGCCUCCAUCCUCCCCUGACCUCAAUCCUAUUGAGAACCUUUGGAGCAUCCUCAAGCAAAAGAUCUAUAAGGGUGGGAGGCAGUUUACAUCCAAACAGCAACUCUGGGAGGCUGUUUUGACAUCUUGCAAACAAAUUCAAGCAGAAACUGUCCAGAAACUCACAAGUUCAAUGGAUGCAACACUUGUAAAGCUGCUAUCAAAUAAGGGGUCCUAUGUUAAAAUGUAAUGUGACCUGUUAAAAUUUUUAAAAAGUUAAAAUGUUGUUAUAAGUUUGAUUGAAAUAGCUUUUGAUUUCAGUAAAUAUGCUGCAAACACAACAAAUGACAAUUUUCAGUUCUUUACAACCUAUAAAGUGUUUUGAAACUUACUGUGCGUAAUAAUUUGGAACAGUGCAUUGUACGGUUUUUAUGUUUAAAAAAAAUACUGUUAUCUGUUGAAUUGUACUCUUAAUAGUUGAUAACAUGAGAAUUAUGCUGACUGUUAUUUACAUCAAUUAUUUAGUUAAAUGAUAAAAGUAUCAUUUGCAUAAUAAUUUGGAACAGGAUGUGUAUAUAUAUAUAUAUAUAUAUAUAUAUAUAUAUUAAUAGCAAAAUACACGUACAAUGAUAUUGAUUAAAUAUAUAUACUUGUGACCAAGUGGCUCCUAAAAAAUACUGGACAUACCCCAUUUGCAAUACCUUGGGUUGUCUACUUUUGCAAAUGGUAUGCCAUCAUGGGGGUAAUUCUUAUUCCUGGGCUACCAUACGGUCUCAAAAGCAAAAAUGAAAAAUGUAACAUGCUAUAUUAUACCCUGUAACUUCCCAAAACACCAUAAAACCUGUACAUAGGGGGUACUGUUUUACACAUAAGACAUCGCUGAAUACAAAUAUGUGUAUUUUAUUGCAGUAAAAGCAAACCGUAUUAAGACAUUCACAGUUAAAAUGUCACGUAGAACUAAAUAAUUUUUUUAAAUUCUUAUUUUCUCCAAUGUUUUAAUAUUUUAUUCAUAUUAAAUUAUGUUUCAUACCUAAAUAUUUGAUGUUAAAUGAAAGCCCUGUUUCCCCUGAACAGACAUAUAGCGCAAAUUCACGUUUUUGUUUACGUUUUGUUUUGAUCAGAAUGUGUACAUUUGGCUCAGUCCUUAAGGGGUUAAACACCAAGUUUGUUGGAGGUGCCAGUAAAUAUAAGCUUAAUUUUAUCGAUAAUUUAGCUUUUUAUUCCUGUGAGUGGUUGUGUAGGCAGGGUCCCAGUGCACUGCUUUGUCCUGAGCCUAUAAUGCUGUUAAGACAGCCCUAAGUACAUAUUAUUAUUAAAUAUUAUUAUUAUUGGUAUUUAUAUAGCACCAGCUUAUUCCGCAGAGCUUUACAUUAAAAGAUGAAUUUAACAAAUGAGACAGUUAAAAAAUGUUACAUGAACAAUGAGGAAGGACCCUGCUCAAACGAGCUUACAGUCUAGAGGACAUAUGAUUGAGAAUCUCUUUGCUGGCAGAGAAUAGUGACAAAUCAGGUUCACUGUUUCCCUUCCAUUUGGAGAAAUAAAUUGGCACUAUUUAAUUUAAUUUACUUAGGUAAAGGGCAUAACAGUAAUGUAAUGGUUGACAUCCUUGGCUAAAUUAUAGUAAUUAUGAUCAUGGAAUUAAAGAAUGUUUACAUCAAGUAUAAUUACAGGUGGUCCUCACUUUACGACCUACCUGUUUUACGAAGGCUCGCACCCACGACCAGCUCUGUAGCGUGGAGAUUCAAGGGAUUUUCCGCGUUAGAAAGCUGGUCUAUUCCCCGAACAUAGAUUCCAGAGAUUCCCUGCGCUAGUGAGCUAACCUAUGUUUGGGGGAAUUCCCGCAAACAUAGACUUACUCUCUAGCGCAUGCUUGCUACCGCAUCCCCACUUAGCGGCCAAUUCGUUUUACGACCGAGUCGUAAGAAUGGAACCCGGUCAGUAAAUGAAGACUAUUAUUAUCUUGUGGUUUAGUGUGUCCAGUCGCUACAGUUUAUCUUUACCACUCACUAACUCUCAUAAGUAGGGCUACUUUCAUUUCUUUAUUUCAUUUCUAAAAUGUGUACUAAAUUAUACAGCAUUGCUUAAAUGUGUUGCUAGUAGUUGUAUGAUGGGGCAUAUGGGACUCUCCAGGUACACUAUAGGCACCAACACAACAAUGGAUAGGUUGUGAUCUAAAAUUCAUUUUUUUUUCUCCACAUCUAAAUCUUUUUAUUUUUGUUAACUAAUAUGAAAAGUCCUGAACAGGCCCAGGGAUUGUCAGGGAUCGCAGUUUCAAUCGGAACUGUCAUUUCUCUGAAAUUUGCACCAUUGAAUAUCAGCUACCGGUAUAACUUGUGUUAACUUUUUUUGUGAAGCUUUGUUUUCUUUUUAAUUUAUAGUAAAGCAGCACUGCCCACCCCCUUUGCAAAAUAUUUUUUUAUAAAGAUAGAAUCUUUAUGAAAUACUCAAUUUGACUGCGUUAGAAUUUCAUAGAAAUUCCAUCCCAGCCAAGAGAUAUGUGGAGACAAAGUAGGGACUACUUUGUCUCUGUAUAUUUCCUAUGCCUGACACUUCUUGACACUGGGCGGAGCUACACCAGUCAAGAAGUAUCAAUUACCCAGCUGUCACCAGUGAAGGCUGCCAGAAAUUAGGUAUUUCUAUGGAUAAUGUCGGCUCCUGGCAUUUGAAGCACAAGGAGCAGAAGAGGACCGCCUGGAAGAGGAUGGCCGUCCGUCCCACCAGAGCAGCAAUGUCACUGACUGGAGUCUUUGCCAAUUAUGCAAAGUUCUCAGACAGUGACAGUGCCCCUUUAAAGUAUUAGCAAAUUAUACCACCGUUCAGACAAUGCAAAACCACAGCAAACAUUGCAAAUGAAGAGGUGAAAUAGAAACAUUGUUUCAUUAUUCCUCUUCUCCGAAUGCUUUAUCUAUGAUGACUGCUGGCUGCAAAGGACAGAUGGCAGGGAACACCCAGUUACAGGAUCAACAGAUGUGGAUUUCUACUUUAAUUUCUAUUUUUCAAACAUCACAAAUACAGAAUUGUUAAAUAUUGGGAUAAUUAAACAUAUCAGUAAAAGUUAUGGGAAUUGAUAAUACCCCUUUAAAAAUGCCUUGCAUUAUAUUUUUACUACCUUUGUGUAGUUGUGGGUAGUAAUUUGCUUUUUUCUUUCGAGGUCAUUUCUGUAUCAACAUCUCUCUACAGUUCAAUAGGAUGCAGUGUUUGCUUUCUAUUUAAAUUGUCUUUACUUUGUUUCUACUAUAUUUAUUUACCUAUUUAUUUUGCAUAAUGCAGGAAUUAUCCCUCGGCGUCGUCCUCUUCCUGCAAAUUGAAGCCAGCUGCAUCAGAAAAACGCUGCAGGUCUCCAGAUGGAUUAAUAUGUAGUGGCAGGGGCACAUGUGUCUGUGGAGUUUGUUUCUGUGAAGUUAAAGAAACCGGCAAGUACUAUGGGCCAUUAUGUGAGUGUCAGGACUGGGUAUGUCACACCUACGAGGGACAAACAUGUGCAGGUAACAUCACAGAAUCAUAUAUUCUCAUAAUGGUCAGCAAAUGCAGAUAGAAUCAAGCAUUAACACAAAGCACAAACGUCAACUAAGAAAUAUGUGCAAAUUCCAAAAACAUGAUGGCAUUUGUAGCCUACGUUUGCUGCAUGAUUGAUUCCGUAUAUGUGCUAAAUAUUUUCUAAAAAUGUUUACAGGUUGAAAUAUCAUGUGCACAAGUGGGAGGCUAAUGGCUUCAACGGCCUGUAGCUGAAUGGGAGACUGGGCUUAAAGUGUCACUGUCUGGGGACUUUGCAGAAUUUGCACUGUCUGUGACAUCACCUCUGGGAUUCCAGUGGCCAGGAGGAGGUAGGCAAAGGUGUGAUCUACUUACCUGAACCUGCCAUCUUCUUCCACUGGGUUCUCUUAAGCUAGCCAAUGUCACUGCUUAACACUCGCUUGUGCGCGAGAGUACAGCAUUGAGGUCCAUGGAGGAUCUCACGGUCUUGUGGGGGUGACAGUGCUGCUUUAAGUACAGAACUUGAAUUCUAGUAGAGAACUAGAAUGUAAUUGUAAAAUACUUCUGAAAUUUAUUAAGAAUGCUUGAAUUCGUUCAUUGCAUCAACCACUUGAUUACUGACUUAACCUUCAUUUGAUGCUUUAUUGCUUGGCUUGUGCCGUAGUUUGCUUCUUAAGAGUUUUCUCCUGUUUGCUAAUUCAGCUUGGUACAUGAAUUUAUGUCUAUUUUCUGGGACCUUGUCUCUUAAAAAGAUGUCCAAUGCUUCUGCUUUCAGUUGCUAGGAUGCAGGGGUGUACCUAGAGCAUUUGGCACCCGGGGCGGGUCCUCAUUUUGGCACCACCCCUCCCCACCCCCACACACUUCAAAAUGUAAAAAACACCUGCACAUUUUUAAAAUGUAUGUAGCAUUGAGCAGUGUUUGCAUGUUUCAAUGUAAGCAUGUUUUUGUAUGGAGAAUGUGUGAGUGAAUUUAGAGGUGUGUUUUUUGUAGUGUUGGCAUCUUAAUGCAGGCAUGCAUUUGUGUGUAGUGUUGGCGAGACGCAGUGGUAUGGUUAUAUAUAAUGGUGAUGAGGGAGGGUAUUAUGACAAGGCAGGGGGGAAUAUGACAGGGAGGGUAGUAUUAUGACAAGCCUAGGGUGUAUAUGGCAGGGAGGGUAUUAUGACAAGGCGGGGAUGUAUAAGGCAGGGAGGGUAUUAUGACAAGGCGGGGAUGUAUAAGGCAGGGAGGGUAUUAUGAUUAGAUGGGUAUAAGGGAUAUAUGGCAGGGAGGGUAUUAUGAUUGGAUGGGGAAUAGUAAUAUAUGGCAGGGAGGGUGAGGGUAUAAUGGCAGGGAGGGUGGGAAUAUAAUGGCAGGGAGGGUAUUAUGAUUAGAUGGGGAAUAGGAAUAUAUGGCAGGGAGGGUGGGGGUAUAAUGGCAGAGAGGGUAUUAUGAUUAGAUGGGGAAUAGGAAUAUAUGGCAGGGAAGGUGGGGGUAUAAUGGCAGGGAGGGUGUUAUGAUUAGGUGGGAAUAAUGGAUAUAUGGCAGGGAGGGUGGGGGUAUAAUGGCAGGGAGGGUGAGGGCAUAAUAGCAGGGUGGGUAUUAUGAUUAGAUGGGGAAUAGGAAUAUAUGGCAGGGAAGGUGGGGGUAUAAUGGCAGGGAGGGUAUUAUGAUUAGGUGGGAAUAAUGGAUAUAUGGCAGGGAGGGUGGGGGUAUAAUGGCAGAGAGGGUAUUAUGAUUAGAUGGGGAAUAGGAAUAUAUGGCAGGGAAGGUGGGGGUAUAAUGGCAGGGAGGGUGUUAUGAUUAGGUGGGAAUAAUGGAUAUAUGGCAGGGAGGGUGGGGGUAUAAUGGCAGGGAGGGUGAGGGCAUAAUAGCAGGGUGGGUACAGGGCCGGACUGGCCCACCGGGAUACCGGGAAAUUUCCCGGUGGGCCGGGGCACUUGGGGCCGCACAGUGCAGAGUCUUCUCCUCCCCCCACCCAGUACAUGUCUGGGGCUUAAUAAGCUGAGGAGUGAAGGGCCCCUCUCAGCUCUAAAUCGGCACUGUACUUUAUGCACUCGCGAGCAGCAGGCACGCCAAAAUAAACUUUGAAUGCUGCUCGCGAGUGAUGCAUAAGGAGCAGGUGAGGGAGGUAGCCCUUUGCCUGCCUGACAGAAAGCAUGUGAGCUGGGCAGCCCACGCGGGUCCUCUGACAUUUUGCUUCCUGUGUGUAAAGUGCUGGCAGGCAGGGAGAGGAGCGAGCAUGGGGCCAGACAGAGCUGCAGGCAGGCUGCUUUUCAGCCAGGAGCUGAGCACAGAUCAAAGAGCAAGAUGGGCUCAGUGAGCAGUGGCACCCAGGUAUUUUAUGUUCAUUUCCAAGAUUCUUAGGUUGUGUGUAUAUUUGAGUGUGUAAUUGUGUGUGGGAGGUGUUUUUGAAGGUAUUAUGUGUGUGUCAGUAUGGAUUAGUGUGUGUGUGUGUGUGUGUCAGUAUGGAUCAAUGUAUGUGUCAGUAUGGAUCAAUGUAUGGAUCAAUGUGUGUGUCAGUAUGGAUCAAUGUAUGUGUCAGUAUGGAUCAAUGUAUGUGUCAGUAUGGAUCAAUGUGUGUGUCAGUAUGGAUCAAUGUAUGGAUCAAUGUGUGUGUCAGUAUGGAUCAAUGUAUGUGUCGGUAUGGAUCAAUGUAAGUGUCAGUAUGGAUCAAUGUAUGUGUUAGUAUGGAUCUAUGUCUGUGUCGGUAUGGAUCAAUGUAUGGAUCAAUGUAAGUGUCAGUAUGUAUCAAUGUAUGUGUCAGUAUGUAUCAAUGUAUGUGUCAGUAUGGAUCAAUGUAUGUGUCAGUAUGUAUCAAUGUAUGUGUCAGUAUGGAUCAAUGUAAGUGUCUGUAUGGAUCAGUAUGGAUUAGUUUGUGUGUGUGUGUGUCAGUAUAGAUCACUGUGUUUGUCUGUGUGUGUGUGUUUCAGUAUGGAUCACUGUUUGUGUGUGUCAGUAUGGAUGACUGUGUGUGUGUCAGUAUGGAUCAUUGUGCACCAGUGUGUGUGUGUGUGUGUGUGUGUGUGUGUGUGUGUGUGUAUAUAUGUGGGCAUCAGUACGUGCCAGUGAGUAUCCAUUAAUCAAAAAUCUGUGUUGAUGCCUAUAUAUGUUUUUUUUUUUGUUUGUUUUUUAAAAUGACAUGUUGAAUUAAAAAAAUUAAAUAUAGCUUUGCUUUAUCUAUGUGAUUUGUGGAAGUAUUAUGCAUACAUACAUACAUACAUAUGCACAAAUGGUAUUAUAUCACUAUAUAUGUAUGUGUGUGUAUGUAUAUAUAUCACAAGCAUAAUUUAAAUAUUAUGUUUAUAAUAUAUUCAUGCAUAAUACACUUGGAAAUUACACACACACACAAAAUUUAAUAUUUUUAAUUUUAAAAAGUGAAAAUACAAAUUUCAUGGGGGGCGGGGCCUGACCGCCAUGCUGACCGGUCGCAGGCCGGAGAGGCUCCUGAUCAAUCAGGUCCAAUAUCGCUAAAAACUUAAGCAACACAACAAACUAAGUGACCUGAAAGCUAUAUCAAGCAGCCGGGCAGAAGCUGGUGCCACCGCAGAUCCUGAGAUCGGGAGUGCCAGAGCCCUCUGCGGGUGAUACGAGACUUCGGGGUUUGCGGCCUAUGAGGGUGGAGAACGGGACGGACGGCCGCUGUCCUGUUUGCGAACCUGGCCGCCACGCAACAGCCUUGUGAUGCACCUCACAGGCCUCACCUCCCCCCCAUGGACCGGGGGUUCAUCCCGGUCCCCACCGGAGGGAAUCAUCGCCCUACAGAGCCCAGCACCGAACCUACCUGGAGGCGCGCGCCAUGGGCCGGGCCUCUAAAAUAGCGGCACUGCAAUCUGCACUACACCACAAACCUUGCAUGCCUGCAGACGAAAACAACCCGCCGAACCAUACCCUUACUAAAUAAGCCUGAUCAUGCCGUCUGACUGCUUGGAGAACGGGUUGGGGCAGGAGAUAGAAGGUAUCGUGGGCGAACGGAGCCCAUGGAAGCACCACUCACCAGAUAUCCCUGAAGCUGGGCCUGGAAAAAGGCCGACUGAAGCGACCCACUGGCGGCAGCUACGGAAAACCUACCAACCUACUGAAUUCAACCGACGCCUAAGCAAUAAAGCCCAUCGGCUCACUAAAUGCCACUAACCAACGAGCGGCUCGCAAACACCAUGACACUCUCACGCACAGACCUCCAUACCUCGUCACCUAGUGAAGAUGGCUGACCCCAGCCUCGGACUUGCCGACCACGCAGUGCCCCACUAUGUUACAUCACAGACGGAACACGCAACACUAUGGGGACAGUGACAGGCAUAAGGACAGGUCUCUCACCGGUGGUUUUAAUUUUUACUUUAAUUUUUACUUGUUAAUCUUUAAAUAUUCACGCUUACUACUGCACACUAUAUUGCCCUGUUAAUUAAGCUAUCCUCUAGCUGAUGAUUGGUGCCAGGAGCUUUGUUAAUGAGCGACCUCAACUUGAAUACAUGUUUAAUCUCAUGUCCUAAAAUACCUACCUGUUAGCACGUUGUAUAGAGCUCUUUGUGGCAUUACCCAGCUUGAAUCCUCGACACAUGUAAUCAUAUUCAAUAGGCAGCAUGUGGCAGUACACUAGUUUCCCUCCAUAAGCAAUGAAUAUAACCUCUUCGUUAACACCUUUUGUCUUAUAUAAAAAUGUGCAGCAAUCUUAACAUGUAUAAUGAUAUUACUCAUGAUACUCUGUAACGCAAUCUAAUAACAUGUUAAUGCCAAGCUAUGUACUGAAUAAUGCACUACCAAAAAAAAAAAAAAAUGUGCUGUUUAUCUACUGCCAUGUCUUUGUACCAGUUAUGUUUGACGAUAUUGCACUUGUACCUGCUGUCAUGGCGGAACAAGCGCUGUUGUUAUAUAUCUUGCACAACAAAAAUAAAGAAUUAUAAUAAAAUACAAAUUUCAUAAUUUAAACCAAAAUAGCGGAUUUGAAACAAAAUUUCAACAUUUGUAUAGUGACAGCUUGACUAUUGUAGCCUAAAUUUAGCAAUUUACCUUUUCAUUCACAAGAAAUAUUAGUUUAGUGGAUAACCCUGCCUAUCUCUCAGUCUUUCAUUCCCUGGUAUAAAACUACAUACAACGAAGAGUGCGCUCAUAGGAAUGAGGACUAAACAAAAUAACAUUUAUUUAAAAUCAGACGUGCAGCAGCAUUCAGUCAAUGUUUCAUUCCCAUUACUGGACCUUUCAAAAUUAUAAGGAUGAAACGUUGAAGUAAGAUGUUGCACAUCUGAUUAGAAUAAAACGGCGCUUUUGUUAAUUUUAAGUCCUGUGAGUACACUCCUUCUUGUUGGUUAAAUAGCUGUAACUGUAUAUCUGUCACAGCUGGCACAAUUAAUGAUAGGGCUGGUAUAACAUUUUUCCAGGGCCGCCUUUUAUUCCCAGUCCGGCCCUGGGUGGGUAUUAUGAUUAGAUGGGGAGUAGGAAUAUAUGGCAGAGAGGGUGAGGGUAUAAUGGCAGGGAGGGUGUUAUGAUUAGGUAGGGGUGAAUUUACAAUACUAUUAUUAGCUUACCAUUCAGGGGGUGCAGUAGGGACUGUCUUUCACACCCACCCUGUCCCUUGGUGGUAUCAUCUCCUCCCCCCCCUCCUCUGGUGGUAUCCCCCCCCCCCCCUCUCCCUGCUGGUCUCUCCCCCUCUCCCCUCUCCUGGUGGUCUCCCCUUCCCUUUGUAUGUCUGUGUAGCGUGGCCAGGCGGAGCGGACCAUGGUACAGGAGCUUCUGUUUCCUGUGCUUGACCAGACUUACAGGAAGUGUUUUCUCAGUCACACUACACUGAUUGACAGGUAGGAGGGAGCGCUGUGUGCUUCCCUCCUGCCGGGUCACUCGUAUCUUGCGCUCCAGACAGCCGGUGAGCUCUAAUAGACACCACGGCCCUGGCUGUGCCGCCUGAAGGCGACUGCAGUAUGAGGAGCGCCGCAAUGGCAGUGCAUGGUGUCCCCUUCAAAGCUGCACCAUAGACGACUGCCUAAAUAGCUCAUAGGAAGCGCCAGCCCUGCCUGUAUCCAAAAUUCUCAGCUUGUACCUGUCACUGAAGGUUUACUUCUGUGUUACCCGAGCCACAUCAGAGGGGCUAGGAUUUACAUGUAAGGUUUUUGUCAAACAGUUUGAAAAUGGUUUGAGACAGUUUGGGUAGGACUAUAUCCAACAUACUGUUUGCAGCACAGCUAAUAGAAUGAAUAAUGUUUACCUUUUGCAAGCUUUACAUUAUAAUUGUAACUGUAUAAUUGUAAGAAUUGUAUCAUUGUUUCCUGCCAAUUACCAUUCAAUUCUGAAAUAAAUAAAUCUUUGUAACUCUUUGCAUCCUCCAUUAGAGUGCCACGCCCACUCGAUGGCCAGUUUAGCACACGCAGACUAGUUUGCCUAUCGUUUAUUUUCUCUAACUUCUAUAUAUUAAUUUGAUUAAUAUAAACAGGUAACAAGCAGCAGUUGCACAAAUAAAAUGAAAGAGGAUACAAUGUACAUGUAUACGUUAGGAUCAGAUACUUGGCCCAGUAGAAUUUUCAGUAAUGCACACCUGAACCUAGCUUUCUCGCAUAGGAAGAAGUUUGUAGGGUACGUGAAUCCACUGUCACCACUGUAAAAAAACCACAGGUUCUGAGGCACAUUACAUCCUGCAGUCACAUCACUGUAAACAUCUAGGGCUAGUCAACACCAUCAAUACUGCAUCAGUGCAUAUUACACCAAAGCACAUUAUUACACCCCUGCAUAUCACACAGAUACAUAUAUUUUAACCAGGGCCGCCAUCAGAAAUUUUGGGGCCCCUAACACACCUCAAGGUCUUAGCCCCCUGGGGGCCCAUUUCCAAGCCCACCCCCAAAAUCCCACCUCGCGUCCAAUGCCUGCCCACAGAAAUACACGCACACAGAUACAAACAUACCCACUGACACAAAAAGGACACAGACACACACACAAAGAUACACACAUACUGACACACACACACAUACAUACUAACAGACACACAUACUGAAACAGACACACAAAUAUAUACAGUCACAGAGACAUUCAUAGUGACACACAGACACAUACUAACAUACAUACAGACACAUAUAUACACAUUAAUAUACAUAGAUAUACAAAUACAUACUGACACAUACAUACAUACACAUACAUAGAUACUGGCAUACACAUAAAAAUACAUAAAAAUACAGCCAGCGCGAGGCCUUAGACGGCCGCCUAAACCGCCUAAUUAGAGAGCCGCCUCUGUAUACAUGUAUAAUAUAUAGGCACUCAUACUGACAUACAUAUUGGCAUACACAUACAUACAUACUGACAUACAUCCUCACAUACACAUACUCACAUACAUACAUACAUACAUACAUACACAUACAUACAGAUAGAUACAUACAGAUAGAUACAUAUAUACAUACAUAGAGAUACAUAAAUAUAUACAUACAUACACAGCUAAUUUUUCAGCGUGCAGUUCUGCCGCUACACAUGGGCCCGGGUCUCCAAGGGCCACUAGGGCAGACUAGAUGGGCCAAAUGGUUCUUAUCUGCCGUCACAUUUUAUGUUUCUAUGUUUACACAUGAGCCAAGACUUCAUGAAGGGUAGAAGAAGUCUGAGGCUUUAUUGAUACAUGUUUGCUUAUAUACAAUUCAUCAGGCCAAAGGCACACCCACUGGACCUGAUGGAACACCGCAUUUCAAAGUGUACAGACCAAUAAAAAUAGUGUAACCGACACUCCCACAUACAUUACACAAUCCCUCAUCUCUGCCUGUGAUAUAAUUAAGGUAGCUAAUAGAGUAGCCUAAUUACCCACAGACAGAAAAACACACAUUUUCCCCAAAGUCCAGAAAGCACCCCAAAACAUAACAUAUCCCCAUAAAUAGCCCUGGAUAGCCCUGAUCUGGGUCAGCAACAUAUCCAAAAAUCACCCAGAUCAGAACAGGGGUUCAAAAGUUUUAUGGAAGUCCCUUUUGACUUACCGCACGCAUUAUUUCAUGCCCAAAACAAUACCAGAGAAUUUGUCUGUGCAGCCGGUCUAUUUCCAGUGGCUGAGUUCACUUUGAAUGCACGAACGGGUGCUGUUUGUGCUCAAAGUCCAUGUUGAAGUGCCGUUCAAAUUGUCGAACAGCGUUUGACUCCAGUCGAAGUCCAGAGAAGGUAAAGUUUCAGCGGUGUUCGUGCCGUCGUGUGUCUGAUUUGAGUUCCAUGAACUCGACGACAAAACACUGCUGGCCGCCGCCACCACGUGUUCGAAUGUCAAAGGGCGGCCACUUCGACUACUUCAACACUUCGGCUGUAUCCGAAGUGCUACUUUGAAGGUGUAAAACUUUCCAAUAUAAUUUAAAGGGGCAGAAACAGUGCCUUAAAACCCAAUAUGCCCAAAUUGUGUUUUUAAAGGGCAAUACAUCCCAGGAGCCAUAGUCACAGGGCAAGAGGCUGGCAAGCAGGCCUCUUCAAAUCCCAGUGAUGAAGGUGCUUUCAUCACACAUCUUCCCUCCCAUGGGGAGACUAACCAGGUACCUGACCUCCUGUCGAUCAGUACCUGAGUUAGUCGAGCAGCCCACCCACAACCAACUACUGCACCUGUAGUUCUUGGGUGUCCAGCUUUGUCUUGUCUGUCCUAGGCUGCAGAGGGUAUGUCUGCCACCCCUAUUCUCCCUCGUGCUCCCAGGCAUGGGGCUGUAGGUACGUGGUGGGCAGAGGCCAACUGUGCUCUGCCCUGGUGCCAGCGCUUCUGCUGGGGAGGCCUGCAGGUAUUCAGGCCCUGAACCAAGGAGUAGUUGUGGAGAGGAGGGACCGCCCACCUCCUCCUCCUGGCACUCCAGUAAUGUAGGUUGGGGAUCUGGACCGACCGUCCAGCAUCUCUGUAGGGUUGGUGCAGAGACCAUGGUCCCAUCUGCACCUUCGGGGACAGGAGUGCCACCCCUCUGUAGCUGGGGAGAGGGACCGGUUGUCUCCUCUCCCUGUAAGGUAAGCGGCCGCUGGGGAGAGUGAUAUGCUCCUCUCCAUGUAACACACACUGCCGCUAGAGAGCGAGACCGACCGUCUCCACUCUCAAUAACUUGUCCUGCUGCUGGAGAGGGAGACCAGUUGUCUCCUCUCCCAGUGAGAUGCUCUGCUGCUGGGGAGAUGACAGGUUGUCUCCUCUUCCUGGUAGGUAAGCUGCUGCUGGGGAGUCAGAUCGAUUGUCUCGACUCCUGGUAACGCUGCCUGGUGCUUAACUGCUGGCUGCUGCUGGGACAAGGGACCCAGGGUGGUGGGGUGGUGAGGCUGAGGCUGAAGGAGGUAGUGAGGCUGAGGGUGGUGAGGCUGAGGGUGGUGGGGGUAGUGAGGCUGAGGGUGGUGGGGCUGAGGGUGGUGGGGUAGUGAGGCUGGAGGGUGAAGGGGUGCAGAGGCUGGAAAGGUGCAGUGAGGCUGAAGGGGGGCAGAGGCUGAGGGUGGUGGGGUUUAGUCAGGCUGAGGGUGGUGGGGGGUAGUGAGGCUGAGGGGUGGUGAGGCUGAGGGUGGUGGGGGUAGGAGGCUGAGGGUGCGGUGGGGCUGAGGGUGGUGAGGCUGAGGGUGGUGGGGGUAGUGAGGCUGAGGGUGGUGGGGCUGAGGGUGGUGGGGUGGUGAGGCUGAAGGGGGUAGUGAGGCUGAGAGUGGUGGGGUAGUGAGGCUGAGGGUGGUGGGGGUAGUCAGGCUGAGGGUGGUGGGGGUAGUGAGUCUGAGGCUAAAUGGGGUAGUGAGGCUGAGGGUGGUGGGGGUAGUGAGGCUGAGGGUGGUGAGGCUGAGGGUGAAGGGGGUAGUGAGGCUGAGGGUGGUGGGGGUGGUGAGCCUGAGGGUGGUGGGGGUGGUGAGGCUGAGGGGGGGUGGUGAGGCUGAGGGUGAAAAGGGGGAGUGAUGGUGAGAGAGCCUACCUUCAUCCCUGGUGGUCCAGUGGGCUCCCUGGUGGUCCGGUGGCCAUUGCUUCCGGUCUGCAGCUCCGCAGAGCUGCAGACCAUGUAAUCUCGCGAGAUGUGAGAGCGUUGCCGUGGUAACCCGCGGCAACGCUCUGAUUGGUCAAUUCUCGCGAGACACAUGGUCUGCAGCUCUGCACACUGCGGAGCUGUAGACCUGUGUCUGCGAUGGUGGCCGGGCAGCCAGGAGGGGCCUCGCCCGGUAUGCCGCCGGGCCCCCUCCUGGUGUCAGGUCCUCGGUCACUGACCGAGGGCCUGACACAGACUGCCCACAGGCGUUUUAGGCGGCCGCGAGGCCCCAGCCAGCGCGAGGCCUUAGACGGCCGCCUAAACCGCCUAAUUAGAGAGCCGCCUCUGUAUACAUGUAUAAUAUAUAGGCACUCAUACACACAUUAUACACAUGUAAAGAUACGUAAAUGACAUAUGCUCUCACAUACACCCAUUUGUAAGAAAUCUGUACCUGGUUUAGGAUGUUGGGAAUGAGAGGUGCGUUUCACCAUCUAUGGUUAAUAAUCUGUACUACUGACCACAUUGCUCUACAUUUUUGACGACUGUGUUUCGAAUGAUGCCCAUUAUUGUGAAAGGAGAGUGACAUAUACCAGGAGCAGAUAUAUAAAGGGAGGGGAACGAUAUGUGAAAAGGGAAGCGCAUUAUAGCUACAUUCAUAUACAGCAAUGUAAAGUCCAGAACCCAGGUGUCAGUGAACCUUGGCUCACCCCUGGCCACUUGAUUUAUGAGACAAUCCAUCCACCUUGCCGGUACCCUGGAAACCGAGAGUUAACUCUGGGGGCUGGCUGUUUUAGAUGGUACAUUAUGAUAAAUAAAUUGAAUUACCUUCUUCACAGAGAGGGUAAACUUUUCACCUCGUCUUUGCACAGAGCGGUCCACGAAGGUGUUUUUAUUAAUGCUUUAGGGGUUAGUUAUUUUAGAAGUUCCACAGGGUGGAUUGAUUAAUAUGGAAAGAAUUUCCAUAAAACUGUUUUCCUUUUUUUUUUUUUAAGAAGCGGGGGAAGGGAGCCCAAGGCAUGUGGAUUGAAAGCUUCUAAUGUAGUUUCACCCCAACGUGUCCAUUUUAAAUGCCAAAAACCACAAUUAGAAAUGCCUCAAUGUAAGAGGAGUUUCAUAAAAAAAAAAAAGAAAAAACUAUGAUACAUUCCAAUCAAGGGUUCGACCUAACAUGCAAGGAAAGGGAGAGAUUUAACACACAUUGAGUAAAGGAUAUAACAUCUGCAUAAAUUAAAUAAAAAUUGUAAAUGAAUAAUGUAAGCAUUGCACACAUCAAAGACACAAAUAUAUCCAGCUAAUACUGUACAUCAGUUAUAGCUACAGGGUUUUUUACUAAGAACCUUAGCAACUCAUUAUUAACCGUUAUUCUGAGGCUGAAAUGAAAAUGCAGUUUUAUUCAUUUACAUCCACUGAAUUUGUGCAAAAUAAACACCUAAUUCCAUCUGAAAAUGUUUCCCCUUCAUAUUGGGCCCUAGCCGACUAGUGCCUAGAGCAGCCAAAUUAAAGAAACACUAAAGCAAAUCUUUAUACCUAUCACUUUAGUCCCCCUCCCUGUGUGUAAAAAAAAAAAAAAAAAGAUUUUUACUUACCUUUUCCCAGCUCUUGGUGCUGUUGACCUCCUCAUCUCCUGUCAUGUGAUACAGGAGGUAAUACCUCUUCCAUGAUUAUCCAAUCCUUAUAGAGGAGCAUUGGGAACCUAAUGCGCAUGCACACCAAGUUCUGCAUGCACAUCCUAGCUUCCCCAUAGGAAAGCAUUAAAUUAAUACUUUCCUAUGGGAGAUUCUCCAUCAUGUAAUCAAGUUUUACUCAGUCAGUGCAGUGGAAGUGCCUCUACUGGCUGUUAGUAUGAACUUAACUUAAAAGGAAAACUGCAGUUUUGCAUUGCAGGGUUAAAAAUAAAGGAAACUGCAUCCAUUGCUACUACUUUUUUGAGAUGAAGUGGCUUAGGUGACUUUAGUCGUCCUUUAAAAAGGGGUUAAGCUGUUAUCAAGCAAAAGCAUCAAAUACAUAAAGUAUAAUCAAAAACUUCCAAAUCCUCUAAUGUAGAAAAGGGAGUAUGAAGUGGCCAAUCACAGUUGCAAUAUCCUAUAACAACUCCUGCUGUCUGUGUUAAAGGACCACUACAGUGCCAGGAAAACAUACUCAGGGACCCCCUCCCGUCCGGCUCUGGAAGGGGGAAAGGGGUAAAAACUUACCUUUUUCCAGCACCGGGCGGGGAGCUCUCCUCCUCCGAUCCUCCCAUUCGGCUGAAUGCGCACGCGCGGCGCAUUCUCUGAAACUGCUAUGUUUAUAAAAAAAUGGGUUAAUCCUAGCUGGACCUGGCACCCAGACCACUUCAUUAAGCUGAAGUGGUUUGGGUGCCUAGAGUGGUCCUUUAAAGCAGCACUGGCAUUGUCUGGAGACUUUGCAUCAUUUGCCAAGACCACCAACGACACUACCGCUGAGGUCUGGUGGCCAGGCGAUGCAGGCAAAGGUGAAUUUAAAUUACCUGAAACUCUCUGUCUCGAGGCGCCACUAUCUCCUUCCGGCUGGUCUUCUUCGCACAUGCGUGAGAGUAAAGGAUUGAGGUCUAUGGAAGGUCCUGCAAGACUGUAGGUAGGUGUGCUCUGCAUACAAAGAGCUGCUGGAUCAUGUGACCAGGUCUAUCCUGUAGUAAGGGUUAUUGGGAGUCAAUAAAUUAGACCGUGGGACUCAGCACCAUCUUGACCACAUCAUUGUUCUUGCUCGGCGUCCAGCCACGCCCCCUUCCAUCCUCCAACAUAGUGGCUGGCUUCCCAGUGUGGAUUCUUCUGGAUCAGCAGCAAAAACAAAUCAGAGAAAGGCUGAGACGGAUGGACACAUCUCUCUUUUCAACUCUUGUAACUAAGUAACUAUGUCUUGAUGUUAGGAGAACAAAAGAAGUGUGUGAUACCUUUCUGGAUUUUGGUUAUCCAUCCAUGAUCUGCAUCUAGGGAAUCAUGGCAUAGCUUUAGGAUAUUAGGCUGGAUAGGUCGAGGUACAUAUAUUUGUGAACUAUGGUACCACAGACUUUGUCUUGCUGAUAGAACAGGGUGUAACGUUGGUAGGUCAACAUUGAGCUGUGUGGCAAGGAAAUGUCGUAGUGAAAUUAUGCUAUCUGGGAUUGUGAUUUGUGUCUCAUGCAUUUGAGAAUGUGAGAGAGGGAAACAGCUUUUUGUUUUUUUUAUCCUGGCUGAUUGGUAAUUUGCAUAGGGAAGCGAGAGAAGUAAAGGGUCCACUGGUCUUGCCUUGGAGUGGUCCGAGGUGUUUGGCAGAGUGGAAGAAUUCCAGGUUGUGGUGGAAUACUGUGUAUACUGUGAUAGGAUGAGAAGACCCCUCCAACAGGUGUUACCACUUCUCCAACGUACACUUAUUGGCAAACCUUACCCUUUCACAAACUUAAUUUUUCCAGAGGGUAACAAUUUUUUGGAGUAGACAGCCAUGGGAUGGUGUUCAUUGUUUUUUUUCUUCUUCUUGGGGAAAAAUCCCUCCUAUUGCAAUGUUAGAAGCAUCAACUUCAAGGAGGAAUGCCUUGGUGGUGUCAGAUUGUAUCAGGGUGGGAGCUUGAGUAAAGAGCCUCUUGAGAGUAUUGAAGGCUUCUUUAUAACAAAAUUUUAACAGUUUUAACAUCAUUUUUGCAACAUAUUAAAAUUAUAUAUAUUUGAAGGUUUGGCCUGUAGUUGUGGGAGGGGCUUGGUUCCCCUUUAAAAAGGCUGCCAAUCCACUCCCAUCUUACCGUUGCUGGUCUGGCGAGUCUGAAGCGUUUUACUUCCGGUUCAGACCGCCAUCUUGGAUUUUCCUUACCUGUUUCCUCGUGGUCUUGUGGUCCGGUACUUCCCUGGCUCUCCUUCCCAUUACCGGCGUCCGCACAGCCCGCUCGUUACUUUGCCGCUGCAAAAAACGUAAGUCAGGCCCGCCGUAAAGCAACCGCUGCAAAUUCCCUUGCUUUACAUAGCGGCGCCCCGUUCGUUUCAAACCAGCGUUUGGUUCUUUUUACCUUCAUGCAUUAUGCCAAUCGACUAAUUCCCUCAUCUACUCGCAUGUUUCACUUUUUCUAAGCUAACGAACGCUAUGAAUCGGUUAUAUACAUAUAACAUCAUGUAUAUAUUUGUAUGUUUCAAUACCCUACCUAGUUCUUUCAGUAAUUACACAAACUCACGAAUAAGCAUGAAUUCAGCCAGUACUCCAGGGGGAAUUUUGCCCCUACUGGUUGCAAACGUUAUUACAGUCACUUAUAUAAAUUCUACUAAAGUAAAUAGAAAUGUUUAAACCUGGAUGAUGUGUUCUGAUUUUCCUGACUUUUCCCAUAGAUUCAUACCAGUGGUUCGUACUAGGAAUUGUGAUUUCUGACACUUGUAUCAAUUAUAAUUACUUCUAGGUUGGCUGGAAUUUAAUUAUAAUUUUAAAUUUUGAAAGCCAAUAAUACAUAUUUGUGACGAGACCAAUCUCGCCACAUUGCAUUGGAGAAGCCUGGUUGCUCGCCUGCUGCCUUUGGACUAUGGCCCCCUUUUGAAAGACUUUAUUUUUCCAUGCAGAAAAGCCAUAUUCAUGCUUUUCUGCCGGUUGUUCGGUAGUUUCAAACUACCGAACAACUGUACGAAUGACUGGACCACCUGGGAGCUGGAGUGUGCCAGCAAUUAACCUCCCUGAAGCUGCGGUUAACCGCAGCUUAAUUGAUGAACGCUGGGUGGCCGCCGUUCGUAUCCCGAACACGAGGUCGCGGCCAUUUUAAACCAUACGAAUGAACAGCGGUGUUCGCCUCUAUUUUUAUGGAACUAAAAUCGGACACAGUUUUGCGCGAACACCGCUGAAGCCGCCGACCUCCCUUCUUGUUCGGUGAAAGCACACGAAUGACCCGGUGUUCGGUAUUUUUGUGUGAAUGUCUUAUACCCCAGAUAGGAAUCCCAUGGAGCCCAUUCGUAUGAAACUGACUGUAAAGACUUUGGCUCCAUGGCGAUUAAACUGUAUUCAUGUGGUCUGAGUGCCAUUCACCUAAUAAUGUGCACUCAGACCUGAGCUAUCUGGGGAUAUGUUACAUGUCUGUGUUUUAUGUAGUAAAUGUUACUUUGUGCAUUUUAAAGUAUAAUGCUGGUUUUGUGUUCCCACGUGUGUAAUGGAGUUUUGCCUUUGUCUUGGGAGAUAAUUGAGUUACUUCCCAAUUAUCUCCCAGGGCAGAGGGGAGGAAGCCAGGAUGCAUUGUGGGAAUAUACUGUGACUGUGUGUCCUUUUUGUAUACUUGUCUGUCCCUUGUCACAGUCUCCCAUUUGGUCCCCUAGGGGAGUGUCCACCAGGUGGGAGACCUGCAUAAAAGCUGGGCAGGUAGCCCUCAUUAAACAGACCACUGCUUGACCCUCAACACGGAGCCUUGUCUCGUCUUUGGGGGGAUUUACUGUAUGCUGCUAAGGACUGAUUGCCAGGAGUGUAAGCCGCUUGGAAGCUUUUCCUGUUCGCCUGCUAGCAGCUAUUCGUAUGGUUCCUGUUCGUUUAUUUGAAGUGCUACCUUAUUCCCUUGUAUGCCGUUCGGGAGUUUGGAGCAUUCACUUAUUGGCGGUUCGUGAGUUUUGGUGAUUAUACCGUAGCUGUGCCUGUCUCUGAAAAGGGGGAUUAUCGUCUAAGCGUUUUUUUCCCCUUUUAUGCUAAACGGUCCGUUACAAUUGGUGGCAGCGGUGGGAUCGUUCCCACGGACUACAGGACAGCUACAGGAGACACCAUUCCGUGGAUUUACAAUUUGAGGGCAACGCAUGUCCCAGUACAGCGACCCUGACAGCAACAGCAUGGAACCAGCAGUGGCGUACAGCUACUCAAGGAGAGAGUUUGACAAUAUGAUGGGAUUGCGGCUGAAGUACUACGGACCCAAUCCACCGGAGAAAUUGGUGCAGCUUAUAAGGAAUCUAGUGUUCAAGAAUCUGCAACACCGGGCAGAAAGAGAAGGUCAGCUGGCACGUUGGGAAGAACUCCAGCGACAGGUACUGCAGGGAAUUGGGAGCACAGUCUCCAUUCCCCAGCGGCAGAGUGAAUUGCAGGGAAUUGGGAGCCCGAGCUCCAUUCCCCAGCGGGAGAUAUUGCAGGGAAUUGGGAGCCCAGUCUCCAUUCCCCAGCGGAAGAGUGAAUUGCAGGGAAUUGGGAGCCCAGUCUCCAUUCCCCAGCGGGAGAAAUUGCAGGGAAUUGGGAGCCCGAGCUCCAUUCCCCAGCGGGAGAUAUUGCAGGGAAUUGGGAGCCUAGUCUCCAUUCCCCAGUGGGAGAUAUUGCAGGGAAUUGGGAGCCUAGUCUCCAUUCCCCAGUGGGAGAUAUUGCAGGGAAUUGGGAGCCCAGUCUCCAUUCCCCAGCGGGAGAGUGAAUUGCAGGGAAUUGGGAGCCCAGUCUCCAUUCCCCAGCGGGAGAAAUUGCAGGGAAUUGGGAGCCCGAGCUCCAUUCCCCAGAUGGAGAUAUUGCAGGGAAUUGGGAGCUCGAGCUCCAUUCCCCAGCGGGAGAUAUUGCAGGGAAUUGGGAGCCCAGUCUCCAUUCCCCAGCGGCAGGCUGAGUUACAGGGGACAGAGAUAGUUGCUCCUGUCCCCCAGCAGCAGAAUGAAUUGCAGGGAAUUGGGAGCCCAGUCUCCAUUCCCCAGCGGCAGUGUGAUACGCAGGGAAUAGGGAGCCCAGUCUCCAUUCCCCAGCGGCAGAGUGUCCUACCGGGAAUAGAGAGCCCAGUCUCCUUUCCCCAGCAGCAGGACACUGUAUUGGGAGCGGAGACAGUCGGUCUCCCUCCACAGAGGAUGAAAGUAGGUAUGGGAGAGGAGCUUGCUACCACCUCUCCCCAGCGGCAGAUCAUUAAUGAGCAGGGAAUAGAGAGCUCAGUCUCCUUUCCCCAGCGGCAGAGUGUUAUAUUGGGAGAGGAGCCUGUUACCCCCUCUCCCCAGCGACAGGGCUGUCUAGCCAAAGGGGAGACAGUCGGUCUCCCCCUCCAGCAGCAGAGAUGGGUAACCAAAGGGGAGACGGUCGGUCUCCAGCAGCAGCAGCAGAGCGGUGUAUUUAAAGGGGAGACAGUCGGUCUCCCCCUCCAACAACCAGGCUUCCACCAGGCUACCCUCCCAGUAGCGCUGGCAACAGGGCAGAGUGCCGCUGGUCUCUGCCCACGCAGCAACCCACCAAGUCAGCGUACCCGUACCCAGCACAGCCGUGGUGAGGCACCUGGACAUGGACAAGCUUCCCUUUACCCAGGUGUAGUAACCAUUUAUUGUGGGUGGGCUGUGCUGUUGAUUAUUUGUUGUGGGUGGGCUGCUGGACUAACAAGGGCACUGACCGGCAGGAGGUCAGAUACCCUGUUAGUCUGUUUGGAAAAGGGGAGAGAUGUGACGAGACCAAUCUCCCCACAUUGCAUUGGAGAAGCCUGGUUGCUCGCCUGCUGCCUUUGGACUAUGGCCCCCUUUUGAAAGACUUUAUUUUUCCAUGCAGAAAAGCCAUAUUCAUGCUUUUCUGCCGAUUGUUCGGUAGUUUCAAACUACCGAACAACCGUACGAAUGACUGGACCACCUGGGAGCUGGAGUGUGCCAGCAAUUAACCUCCCUGAAGCUGCGGUUAACCGCAGCUUAAUUGAUGAACGCUGGGUGGCCGCCGUUCGUAUCCCGAACACGAGGUCGCGGCCAUUUUAAACCAUACGAAUGAACAGCGGUGUUCGCCUCUAUUUUCAUGGAACUAAAAUCGGACACAGUUUUGCGCGAACACCGCUGAAGCCGCCGACCUCCCUUCUUGUUCGGUGAAAGCACACGAAUGACCCGGUGUUCGGUAUUUUUGUGUGAAUGUCUUAUACCCCAGAUAGGAAUCCCAUGGAGCCCAUUCGUAUGAAACUGACUGUAAAGACUUUGGCUCCAUGGCGAUUAAACUGUAUUCGUGUGGUCUGAGUGCCAUUCACCUAAUAAUGUGCACUCAGACCUGAGCUAUCUGGGGAUAUGUUACAUGUCUGUGUUUUAUGUAGUAAAUGUUACUUUGUGCAUUUUAAAGUAUAAUGCUGGUUUUGUGUUCCCACGUGUGUAAUGGAGUUUUGCCUUUGUCUUGGGAGAUAAUUGAGUUACUUCCCAAUUAUCUCCCAGGGCAGAGGGGAGGAAGCCAGGAUGCAUUGUGGGAAUAUACUGUGACUGUGUGUCCUUUUUGUAUACUUGUCUGUCCCUUGUCACAGUCUCCCAUUUGGUCCCCUAGGGGGGUGUCCACCAGGUGGGAGACCUGUAUAAAAGCUGGGCAGGUAGCCCUCAUUAAACAGACCACUGCUUGACCCUCAACACGGAGCCUUGUCUCGUCUUUGGGGGGAUUUACAGUAUGCUGCUAAGGACUGAUUGCCAGGAGUGUAAGCCGCUUGGAAGCUUUUCCUGUUCGCCUGCUAGCAGCUAUUCGUAUGGUUCCUGUUCGUUUAUUUGAAGUGCUACCUUAUUCCCUUGUAUGCCGUUCGGGAGUUUGGAGCACUCACUUAUUGGCGGUUCGUGAGUUUUGGUGAUUCUACAGUAGCUGUGCCUGUCUCUGAAAGGGGGAUUAUCGUCUAAGCGGUUUUUACCCCUUGUGUGCAAAACGGUCCGUUACAAUAUUAAAAUUAGUGAAGUGUGUAAAUUACUCUUUUAGGUUAUUAUACGUUGGACGGUAGCUUUUACAAGCACGGAAGCCAUCAUCUUCUUUUCGGUUAAAUCUACCCUCUGCAGAGUGUCGGGUAGGUUCUUGUUUUAGGGCCCACGAUCUGGCCAAACCACUACAUUACAGUUUAUAUAUCAAAUCUCAUGUCCACAGGUAAACACCUCGAUACUCUUACAAUCGCUGGUUACCUCUACGUUGACAGCUCAGCCUGACUCACAUAUCAGGUACUACGCCAGAACCCAUUAAUUUCCAUGUUCUGAGUGGUACUGGUCCUAGGUUAUGUGACCCAAUUAGGAAAAAAAAUUUCUGGUCUUAAUCCAUAGGCUAGUGGUCCUGCGAGACCAACACCCCCAUCCUCAUACUCGGAAGAAUACGUCCCUCGGGCCAAAUCAUAGCUAGCCUUCUCGCAUGGUUGCAUAGAGAGGGCCUCACCUAUCACUCCCAUUCUAUUUUAUGCUUUAAACUGCCACCGAGAAGCCAACACCCCACCACAACGUUCGGUGGCCUCAUACUUUCCCCUCGGGCCCACGCAUAGGUAGUGCCUCUCAAAGCCGCUUGGCAAUUAGUAGGGACUCAUCUGUCACUAUCAUGAAGUGUAAUUGUUUCACCGCUUGGUAUUUAGCUAGCCUUACCAGUACCCACACAUUCAUUACAGAGUGACUGAUUAAGCUACCUUAUAUUUUUCAGUUAUGUCAAAUACACCUGAUAUCCCUGAGGAACUCUCGCUACCCUGCACGCCCGCUAGGCCUGGUACCCCUGUUCCUGGAACAGACGUUACUAGUCCUUCAUCACUCAGAUCAUGGACCAUCCCACGUCUCACUGCAGUUCUUAGAAGACGCUGCAUCCCUUUCCCAGCUACUGCUAGGAAGGCGCAGUUGUUUAGACUUUUAAACACUACCUCUGACAACUCUGAUGCAGGGGAAGGCCCUAGUGGAACACAAUUGCCGGCGUUUUACGCCAUGAUGACUUCUCUUAUGUCAUCCAUCAGCACAAUUAGCGAUAGGCUGGAUAAAUUGGAAGCAAGUGGCGCUAAACAGACCUCUACAAACCUAAUUGUUGCCAGUCACCCUCUCGCUGACAUUAUACCUGGUAAUUCAUUGGAAUCCAUAUCAAUAAUUGAAGCUAUUAAUCCUUCGCACAUGGUCCCAUCUCACCUUUAAAAGGACAUUCUGGAAGGCAAGGAUGUAAACCUGGUUUCAUUGCUUAUAGCCUCCCAGGAUGUCCUAGAGAAUAGGACAUUUGCAUAUGGGGAUAUAUCAGUCGUACCAAGGGCAAGAGACCUGAGGCUGAACAAAAAAUUGACCAUCCCUGAAUUUGUACUAGGUUUUGGGAUCUAUAGGGAUGUUUACUGCUCAGUAUACCCGGGGAAAAGAGCAGAGCUGGAUGCAUACAUGCACAAGAUGGUGGACCUGGGGCACAAAUACAGUGGUACCGCUUUUUACGAUUACCACCGUUCCUUUUCUGCAAAAGUGGCUGCAGCUCUGGCUCAGUUCAAUUUAAGCAUUAAUUGGAGCAAAUUGGACACUGAGUUAUUCUGCAGGCAUUUUGCAGGCCUCAGACCUCCAGCUUGUGCAGUUUGUGCAUCUACAGCACAUCACACAAAUUUCUGCCCAAACACAGUAGAAAUCGAACAAAACCAAACUACCUCUAACUUUCCAAAAUCUGCUAGGGGAUUAAAAGACAAACUGGGUAGGGAUAUUGUAUUUCUAGGUAAAUCCCAGGUCUGCAAUAACUUUAAUGCGGGGAAUGUGGUUUCAGCUCUUGUAGGCUGAUGCAUGUAUGUUCCCACUGUUUCAGGGCCCAUACUAAAACUACGUGCCCGAAUAAAGCAUUCCCCAAACCGUAUCACACGUGUGUGAACAUCACAUUAUUGACCUCACUAUUACAACUACACCCAUCACGUCAUUUCACUGACUAUAUUAUUAUAGGAAUGGCUGAAGGGUUUCACACCGGGUUGGUCCAUUUACCCUCCGGUACACUAGAAUGCGACAACCUACAAUCCACGUUAGACGAUCCACACUUGGUAAACACUCUUAUCUCGACCGAGGUGAAACAAGGGUUUCUGUUGGGGCCAUUCUUUUCCCCACCCUUCACAUCUUGGAGAACCAAUCCCAUAGGGGUGGUCACAGGGAAGACCUCACUCAAACCCAGACUGAUAAUUGAUUUAUCUGUACCACAUUCCUCCACUGUGCCCAGUCUUAACUCUCUAAUGCCUUCCGAAGAAUUUUCACUCCACUACGCCACUAUCGACCAUGCCAUAGGGGCCAUUCUUCAAGCUGGCACAGGAGCAUGGCUAAAUAAAACCGACAUGGUAAACCCUUUUAAAUUACUACCCAUGCAUCCUUCCCUAUGGCAUCUACAUGGCAUUAAAUGGCAGGGGAUGUAUUAUUUCUUCACCCGACUAACCUUUGGCUCCAAAAGAAACCCACGUAUUUUUGACACGUUUGCAGAAGCUUUAUGUUGGUUGUUACUAAAUGUGUGCAAGUGCCCUUCGGUUAUCCACUAUUUGGACGAUUUCCUCACGAUUGAGAACAACACACUCCCACCAGUAGUUUGAAUCACAUGUUGGCUUUGUUUGAAUCCCUCAAUAUUCCUGGCUUCCCUCACAAAGCUUUGGGUCCAGAUACCAACAUGCAAUUUUUGGGGAUCCAACUAGACACGAUACACAUGCAGGCUAGUCUACCUCAGGACAAGAUUGAGCGUACCCUGGCAAGUAUUGAACAUUACCUGCUACAAGGUCAUUGCAAUCGCAAAGAACUUCAAUCACUGCUUGGAUCGCUCAAUUUUGCCAUGAGGAUCAUACCCCAAGGUAGAUCAUUUAUAUCCCACCUUCUAUCCUUGUUUCCACUAUUCACCUCAGACACUUCACGUAUCACAUUAGAUAUACACGCAACCUCGGAUUUACGCAUGUGGUUUUUUUUUCUCACCUCUUGGAACGGGCGAACCAUGUUUAUACCACCCCCCUCCAACACUUCACCUACACUGUGGACAGAUGCCGCAGCUAACACAGGCUUUGCGGCCAUCUGGGGUGAUCAAUGGCUUUGGGGGCCUUGGCCGACCGAAGUCAAAUCACUAUCCAAAUUCUCUGAUACCUCGGCUUUAUUCAAGUUGUACCCGAUCGUGGCGGCAGCCAUUGCUUGGGGAACAUGUUGGUCGGUCAGGUGCUACUCAGAUAAUAUGGCUAUGUGCCAUAUUGUCAGUAAAGGCCGAUCAGCAUCACUGGUCAUUAUGAGACUACUAAGGCGUCUCACAUGGGUAGCGGUCAAUUCUUUAUAACAUGCAUACACAUUCCGGGGCACACAGACACCUCUGCUGAUCACUUGUCUCGGUUUCAUUUCCAGGCUUUCCUCUCGACACUACCCAACGCUUCCAGAUGAGCGACACCUGCACCUCUAUUCCAAGACAUGAUAAUGGAUUAAAGACUUUGUUAGAUCUAGCACGUCACAUUUCUCAUAUGGUACUCUCAGUAAACACUAGGAACAAUUAUGAUAGGGCUUUUCACGUAUUCACGAAAUUUAUCACCAAGUUUAACAUCCACGACAUGUUUGCGUUAGAAACUAUUUUAAGUUUUACUUCUUUUUGCUACAUCAACCUUAAACUAUCCUUUAAUACCAUUAAACUAUACCUAACCGGCAUCCAGCACCAUAUGCUUAUCCAACAACCUAACACUACGGGUUUCUUGAUAUCAUAUCAAAUUAAAACAUUACUUAAAGGCAUUAAAAAAUUAGAUACACGUGUUCCCUCACAAAGACUACCCAUAGACAACAACAUAUUCCACUCUCUAUCCAACUUAUUAGAUUCAUCUCCUUUUGAACCCAUGACCAAUAACAUAAUAAAAACAGCCCUAUAUCUCGCUUUUUAUGGGUUCCUACGUCCCAGUCAAUUUACAACCACGACCAUCACAGCACACGAUUACCUAAGAACUAAUGAUUUACAAAAACAUACCGACCAUUACAUACUCUCCCUAAGACAAUCAAAACCCAGCACCGAAGGACACACUAUUCAAAUUCCUCUGUACCCUACUCACAAUAUAUGGUGCCCAGUAAAAGUUUUGGAUACUUAUUCCCUUUCAGUCCAAAAACAACCACAACAGCUUUUGUUUGAACUGCAUGGACACACUCUGACCACAGCUAAAUUCAUGCUAUACAUACGACUACUGUUGACCAGGCUUGGCCUAAACCCCAAUCAAUUUUCAGGUCACUCUUUCCGUAUAUGGGCAGCAUCUUCAGCAUCCGCUAACCACAUACCCGCUCAUAUUAUUAAAGCUAUGGGACGCUGGAAAUCCUCUGCCUACACACUCUACAUACCUAAUCCCGUUAAAGAAUUAAGACAAGCUUUUUGUGACUUAUCUCAAUAAACAAAGUUGGUUCACGAAUUAUGUUUCCUGGUAAUUUUCUUUUUGACCACUUUUAUUACAGGCCUACUGCUUUGUUGGUUCCGGCACACCACAACCGACUGGUGCUAACUUAUGGAUGUUAUGAUUAUAUUAUGCUAAGAUUUCUCUGUUCGGCCAUAUUGCCACGACUACAAAUAUAUAUAUACAGGUGAUUCUCGAAAAAUUACAAUAUCCUGCAAAAGUUCAUUUAUUUCAGUAAUGCAACGUAAAAGGGGAAACUAAUAUAUGAGAUAGACGCAUUACAUGCAAAGCAAGAUAAAUCAAGCCGUGAUUUGUCAUAAGUGCGAUGAUUAUGGUUUACAGCUCAUGAAAACCCCAAAUCCACAAUCUAAGUAAAUUAGAAUAUUGUGAAAUGGAGCAAUAUUCUAGGCUCACAGUGUCCCACUCUAAUCAGAUAAGUAAGCCAUAACACCUGCAAAGGGUUUCUGAGCCUUUUAAUAGUCUCUCAGUCUGGGUCAGUAGGAAUCACAAUCAUGGGGAAGACUGCUGACCUGACAGUUGUGCAGAAAACCACCAUUGACACCCUCCAUAAGGGGGGAAAGCUUCAAUAGGUAAUUGCGAAGGAAGUUGGAUGUUCUCAAAGUGCUGUAUCAAAGCACAUUAAUAGAAAGUUAUAUGGAAGGGAAAAGUGUGGAAGAAAAAGGGAUGACCGCAGCCUCGAGAGGAUUGUCAGGAAAAGGCUUGUCAUUCAAAAGUGUUGGGGACUUUCACAAGAAGUGGACUGAGGCUGGAGUCAGUGCACCACCACACACAGACGGAUCCUGGGCAUGGGCUUCAGAUGUCGUAUUCCUCUUGUCAAGCCGCUCCUGAACAACAAACAACGUCAGAAGCGUCUUACCUGGGCUAAAGAAAAACAGACCUGGUCUGUUGCUCAGUGGUCCAAGGCCUCUUUUCUGAUGAGAGCAACUUUUGCAUCAUCCUCAUUUGGAAACCAAGGACCAAGAGUCUGGAGGAAAAAUGGAGAGGCACACACUGCAAGAUGCUUUAAGUCCAGUGUGAAGUUCCCACAGUCUGUGUUGAUUUGGGGAGCCAUGUCAUCUGCUGGUGUUGUUCCACUGUGCUUCAUUAAGUCCAGGGUCAAUGCAGCCGUCUACCAGGAAACUUUAGAGCACUUCAUGCUUUCUUCCGCAGAUGAGAUUUAUGGGAAUGCUGACUUCAUUUUCCAGCAGGACUUGGCACCUGCCCACACUGCCAAAAGCACCAAAGCCUGGUUCAAUGACUGUGGGAUUACUGUGCUUGAUUGGCCAGCAAACUCGCCUGACCUGAACCCCAUAAAGAAUCUAUGGGGCAUUGCCAAGAGAAAGAUGAGAGACAUGAGACCGAAUAAUGCAGAAGAGAUGAAGGCUGCGAUUGAAGUAUCCUGGUCUUCCAUAACACCUCAGCAGUGCCACAGGCUGAUAGCUCACAUGCCAUGCCGCAUUGAGGCAGUAAUUGCUGCAAAAGGGGCCCAAACCAAGUACUGAGUCCAUAUGAAUGCUUAUACUUUUCAGAGGUCUGAUAUUGUUCUAUGUACAUUCCUUGUUUUAUUGAUUGCAUGUAAUAUUCUAAUUUACUGAGAUUGUGGAUUUGGGGUUUUCAUGAGCUGUAAGCCAUAAUCAUCGCAUUUAUGACAAAUCAUGGCUUGAUUUAUUUUGCUUUGCAUGUAAUGCGUCUAUUUCAUAUAUUAGUUUGCCCUUUUACGUUGCAUUACUGAAAUUAAUGAACCUUUGCAUGAUAUUCAAAUUUUUCAAGUAUCACCUUUAUGUAUAUAUAUAUGUAUAUAUAUAUAUAUUUAUAUAUAUAUAUAUAUAUAUAUAUAUAUAUAUAUAUAAUGCCAAAAUACCAGAGUAUUGCAGUAUGCAAUGAUACCUUUUAUAUUGGAUUAACAUAAUAUUUCAAAGACAAACUUUUGAUCAGUAUUGUUUCCGACCUGAGGAAUAGAGGAAAGCUCUUGAAAGCUUGUCUUUGAAAUAUUAUGUUCGUCUAAUAUAACAUGUAUCAUUGCAUACAGCAAUACUCUGGUAUUUUGGCACCUUGUCUACUGGACUAAUACGGGAAAUCCAAUCUACACACUAUCUAUCUCUAUAUAUAUAUAUAUAUAUAUAUAUAUAUAUACACAUUGCACAUUGAUAUAUCAAAAUAUAGCAAAAUAUCAAUAUUUUCUCAUUUGAAAAGCUUAGAAUCAGUGUAAGCAUAUGGUUGGGAAGGGGGUUGCUGUAGGGUUAGCAUAAAGUACCAAAAGUGAAAUUAGAGCAUAUACAUAUGAGGCCUGACAAUUUAGCUUUUUUAUGUAGUUUCACUGGAUGUGUAAAUAUUGUUAGACCUAAAAUGUGAGAAAAUGCACUCCUCCGCCAUUCCAACACCGUAUUCUUACUUGAUAUGUUAGCUAUACAUAUAGAAUAUUAAAAGAAACCAAUUUCUGUCCUUUAAAAAACAAUAUAUAAUAUGUGUGGACUCACUCAAAUGGACACUAUAGUCACCAGAACAACUACAGCUUAAUGUAGUGGUUUUGUGUCUAUAGCAUGUCCCUGUAAUUAUCUUAAUGUAAACACUGCCUUUUCAGAGGUAAUGUUACUAGAUCUAACUUCAAUGAAAAAAUAUACAAAAUUAAAUGCAUGUAGGUUUUCAUUUGGGGUAUAUCUACUAAAUUUAUUUUCUAUUUGGGGAGUGGAGUGUCCCGUUAAGGGGACUAGCGUGUUUUUUGUGUUCCUGACCCUAUAGUGUUCCUUUGAAAAAAACAAAAAACUUAAAUUACAGUUGACAAACAAAUAGUGUAAAUUCCAAAAUCUAGGUUUUGUUUUAGAACUUAUAUGUUCCAGGACAAUAUAUUUUCAUCACAUCUUAUUAAACAUGCAUUGUUCCUUGUGCCCAUACAGUUGGCAGUAUAAAGGAUGAAUAUUUUAACCACUAGACUGCAGAAGAACUUAUUUCAAUAUCAGCACUAUGAGUAUUUGUUGUUACGGUAUUGUCUACUGGGAAAACUGCAUGCCUUCUAGAAAUGUAUUUCACAUGUCAGCCCUGUGUGUGUCUCAUGAAAAUGUGUUCCACCAGCCCCAGUACUCUGUGCCUUCUGCAAAUGUUUCCCCUAGACCCAAUACACCGGGUGCAUUUGUGUCUGAAGCAUGCCGCCAAACUAUUUUAGGUUUCCAGGCCUAGUUCCAUUAUUUUAUGUCCUGUAUCCUCAAGUUUCCUUUUUUGUUUCUUUUUUUUCGCUGACAGUUAUAAUAAUUUCAUAUUUAAGCAAGAUUUAUUGUGUCAAAGAAGUAAUAGUGUAAUUUAUUAUCCUGAGCUAUUUCCUGCACAUAUUUCCUUCAGUGCCAGGAUUGUGGUACUCACAUUUCUUUUCACUGUACUGGUCAUAUCUCCUGCAGUCAAAUGGUUAAACUUAAGAAAUAAAGGCUUUCUGUUUGUUUGUUUGUUUGCUUGUUUGUUUGUUUGUUUGCUUGUGUAUUUCUUUGUUUGUUUUGUGCAUAGGAGCUGGAAAACUUGAGUUUAAACGGGCUGUGAUGGUGGUGAAAUUGUGCUCUGUGUGGAGUAAAGAAGACAGGGCCAAGCAGGCACUGACUAGAUUUAUGUACAGAAUGAAAAUUCGGUUCACCCAAAUACUCUCAUUAGAAAAAUAA